AACACCUACACCAACGCAGACAAGCUCCUGGAGGCGGCAGAGCAGCUGGCCCAGACUGGGGAAUGUGACCCGGAGGAAAUCUACAAAGCAGCCCGGCACCUGGAGGUCAGGAUCCAAGACUUUGUUCGGCGGGUGGAGCAGAGGAAACUGCUGCUGGACAUGUCUGUCUCCUUCCACACCCACACCAAGGAGGUAAGACCUUUGACCCCCGAACCCUAACCUACAUCCACUUUCUACGUCUGGGAAAUUCUGGGGUUCAGUGACCCCUUUUCCUUUUUAUUUAUGCAUAGUAUGGAAUGAUAGAAUGGGAGUGGAUGUGGUAGGAUGCAGUAGCCUUGUCUGUCUGCCUUCAACACCCACACUAAAGAUGGAAGAGCCCUGACCCAAAGGACCUGUAGAAUGGUUUACUCUCCCUGUCUUUAAGAGCAUAAUGGGGUGUAGUGACCUUUUGUUUUGAAGUGGAUUUGUGUCACUUUAUUGAGACAGUACUGAAAUCAGAUGGGGAGACAGGUAAGUAAGUGGAAGAAACAAAGUAGAAGGGUGGUGACGGGGAUUGAACCCCGGUCUCCGGUGGGGUGUGCAAACAUGUGCAUAGAGUUGGGGGUGACCCUUUUUCAUGCAUGAACGAAAUGUUACCGUAAGUGGGAGUGGAUGUGGUUGGUUUUAGGGUGCAGUAACUUGGCAAGGGGUUGAGGCUCGGGUUAAUGCAGCCUCAGAUGCCCGUCUGUGAGUGUCACUGAUCACUACAGAUAGACAGACAGACGGGGCAUACAUACCAGUCCUUAAGAGAGGAUCACACCAAGAUUACUAAGGUAUGCAGUGAGUCUUUGCUCUUGUUAGCACAGCCUGAUCCAUGCCAGAUGUGAGCCAGCCAAGGGCUAAACUGGAGACUUCAGGAAGGACAGUGUCUGAGUGUGUCCCAAAUGGCACUCUAUUCCCUAUAUAGUGCACUACAAUAGCCCAUAUCCCUGGUCAAAAGUAGUGUACUAUAAAAUAAAUAAGGUGCCCACCAUCUCCCCUCUAAAAUGGCUAUACCUUGAACCUGAUUUUUUGAUGUUACACAAGUUCUCUCUCUCUCUCUCUCUCUCUCUCUCUCUCUCUCUCUCUCUCUCUCUCUCUCUCUCUCUCUCUCUCUCUCUCUCUCUCUCUCUCUCUCUCUCUCUCUCUCUCUCUCUCUCUCUCUCUAUCUCUAUCUCUAUCUCUCUCGCUCUCUAUUACUGAACAAGGGGGAUAGAUGUAGUAGAUGACCCUAGACAGCAUGUUCCUUCACCCUCUUAUCCCAGCAGCUCUUCAGCGCUCCAUAAGGCUUGCAUACCAAAUGUCACCCUAUUCCCUUUUUAGUGCACUACUUUUGGCCCGGGCUCUGGUCAAAAGUAGUGCACUAUAAAGAGAAUAGUGUGCCAUUUGGGAUGUAGUCAAGCCCUUUGAGCACUGGGACAGGGGGAAGAUUUAAAGGGCCAACUACUUAUUGAUGGUUUCUUCUGAUCUCACUAAUCCAUCCUACCCACCGCUUCCUACCCAGAGCCCCUAGCCACUCCGAUUCCAUAGUCAUUAUCAAUAGUCAUUAUCCUGCGCUGUAAGCUAGAGUGGCACGUUUCAGCUGUGGAACUCUAGUUCUGCGUGGAGGACAUUUGUUUGGUUCAGCUCUCCUAGUGGAGCCAUCAUUCGUGAGCUACACACACACGUCAUUUGUGAGCUAGUCCCGGUGAUCUAUGAGAGGCAGUGGGGAUUUGGCUUUAGGAGUCGUCAUUCGUGAGAUAGUCCCAGUGAUCUAUGAGAGGCAGUGGGGAUGUGGCUUUAGGAGUGUAGAGCAGAGGGUGACUAGGGAGAGUGAUUGCUGAAGUAUCUUAGCGGCUCAGUCUCACUAAUUGGAAAGGAAACGCUCAGACUGAGGAAAUGGCAAUGAUUAGAAAAUGUAUACAGCUGAUAUAUUAAACUUUGCUAAAUUUUUUAGGCCUAAGUCUCCACCUUGUGCUAGUUCCAACAGCCACUCCCUAAUCUUUUGCAAAGCCUAUUUGGUUGGAGUUAUUAAUGUGUUCUGAGUAAGAUCAGCUUAGCUUCUGACUGGCUGGCUCCCGGCUACAUGAUGCAGUAUGGUAGAUUGCUUAUGGAUGAUGAUGGGAUCCAUGGGAUCACUCUGGCAGUCAACAGUAGAUAUUUUUAUUGGAGUUAAGCAAAGGGAAGUAGUAAUGCCGUGGGACACCAGAACUGGAUAUGAAAUAGCGGUCACACAGAACAUGCCUGUUAACAGUGACCGACGGGGCCACUUGGCCCCAAGAAGUGGCCUCCACUUGGAUAGCUCAGGUCUGCAUCCCAAAUAGCACCCUAUUCCCUACAUAAUGCACUACUUUUGACCAGAGCCUCUGGUCAAAAGUAGUGCACUAUGUAAGGAAUAUGGUGCCAUUUGGGAUGUAGACCAUGAAACGUUGUUGGACUCUGAUAAGUCUUUAAACAAUAUAUUUGUCUUUAAGGGGCUUUGAGAGCUUGGCUUGAAGAUGCAAACAAACGUAUGCCAAGAAUGGCCUGAGAUAAGACUCCUAGGGUUUGAGUGUUAUCCUGAAAGCUAAGGCCACAUCCAUUAUUAAUGUAGAGACCAAGUUUGCGUCCCAAAUGGCACCCUAUUCCCUAUAGUGCACUACAUUUGACCAGAGCCCUAUGGCACUGAUCAAAAGUGCACUACAUAAGGAAUAAGGUGACAUUUGGGACGCAGUCCAAAACUCACUUAAUAGGGCUGGUCAGUAGUAGUCGUCUACUAGAGGAGAUGGCAUUGCUUUUUAAAAGCCUAAUGACACGACAUGGUCAGAUUGCCAAGGGCACACUAAUGCCAACAAAUCCCUAUCAACACUGGCUCAACUGACAAUUACUGACAACUUUUAACUUCAUGUUACUUGGUGUUUCCUGCCAAGAGGAAGUUUUGUCGAUUGUAUAUUCUCAUCUCACAUAAAACAAGACGAUGCGCUCCGCCAAAGCAUUUUUGAUUUACGAAGGCGUAAUCACUCCUUACCCCUCUGUAAAGUAUGACAAGAGGCAUCUUUUUCAUUUUCCUAAUCCGUUGUCUCCUUGGCUGCAUCCGCCUUCAUCUUGUGCUUAUGUUUUUAUCUUUAUAUCAAUUGGCAUUUAAUAUGCUUUCUACCAGAGCAACAGAAAGCAGCAAUUAGCUUCAAGAAGGAAUGCUUGUGGCUGAUGUGCUGUGCAGGAAGAGGGUCAUUUACAUUCUGGAGAAUGGUCUACAUGGAGACAUAGGGUGCAUCCCAAAUGGCAACCCAUUCCGCCUUAUAGUGCAUUACUUUUGACCAGGGCCCAUACUUUUGACCAUGGGGUCUGGUCAAAAGUAGUGCACUAUAUAGGGAAUAGGGUGCCAUUUGGGACGCCAUCAUGCUGGUCUUCGCUAGGCUGCUGGGCGGCUGACUGAGUGCUAGGUCGAGCUGCACCAUCAAACAGAUGAGGAAAGCAAUCAGAGCCAUGAUUUAGCAAUCACAGAGAGGACUGUUGGGAAGCCUCUGUCUGUCAGCCACAUGUUCCCUCGCUUUGGCUGCUCAGGGAAAUAUUAUGAGAUAUGGUUGGGACACAAAAAGAGAACGUGAAUGUUCCAAAUGGCACCCUAUUCCCUAUAUAGUGCACUACUUUUGACCAGAGCCCAUAGGGGUCCAAAUGGCUCAUUUAUGUUUCUGUUUAAGUUGCUUGAUGUUGGCACACUGUAUGCUCUUAGAGAAUGUUAUCAGUGCCUUUUGAUUGCCCCCAAAUUCAUUUCAAGCAGGCAUUUUAGUGUUCAUUAUUACAAAUAUAGUUUAAAUGUACGUGCUAUAGUAAUUUAAUAAUUCAUAAUUCAUAUUUUUCGUCAAAUGUAGUGUAAUGUAGGUGCUAUAGUCAUUUACACAAUUACACCUGUUGGAAUGUCUUAUCUCAUUUCUGGGUUAAAUUAGAUAAUGAGAUAUUGGCAUUAAAUAAAUUUUACUCCUGGAACAAACACAAUGAAUGAAAACAUUUGUAGAAUAGAAGUCACAUGAUAUUCUUAGCUCAGGAAUCCUGGCUUUGUAAUAUUGUAAUAUACUAUAUUGGAAUAGCCCAGGAUUACAACUGCUGUGGCACAACCUAUUUCACCCUAAUCCCAUGUCUGAAUUCAGAUUUAUGGUGAAAUCAGUGUGUAAGUGUGAAGUGUGUGUUUGUAUAGUAUAUUCUAUUACAGUAUUCCAAACCCGGGAUUAUAACUGAUGUGUCAUAAUCUAUUUUAUCCUAAUUCAGGUUUAUGGUGAAAUCUGUGUGUAAGUGUGUGGUAGCUGUUUGUGUGUGUCAUGCCCAGUGCAGCACAGCACAGCCAGGAUCCUUCAGCUACAGCAGGAGUCACACAUAGAAGCACGUUCAAUUCUGAGCGUGCUCAGAUCAGUCAUGGGGGAGCAGUUACCAUGGGAACCACAGAGACGGCAACCUCUGCUCUAUGAAUUUUGUUAACCCUUUGAAACACAGAGAGAAUUCCCUCUGUAUCUGUUUGAUAUGAUAGGUUCUUGUGAAAAUGAUUUGGGUUUUGUCCCAAAUGGCACCCUAUUCCCUAUAUAGUGCACUACUUUUGGCCAGAGCCCUAUACGGGAAUAGGGUGCCAUUUGGGACGCAUUCAGUAUGUCAUUGGAGAGAGAUGACAUUCUUAAAAUCUUGGAAGGUGUUUUUGUGGUUCCUGGAAUACAAUUUGUCUGUUAGUGUUUUGUUUUUUUGUUAUAACUUAUCUUAUCAUUGUUUUUAUAAGAUAAGUUUAAUUGUAUCUGAUUCAAUUCUUUAAACAUCACUUGAAGUGCUCUUGUUGUAGUGCUCUCCAUCUUCCAAUUAUCUUAUUAUCUAUUGAUGAACAUUUAGCAAGCAGUAAAUCCAAGCAUUGUUUUAUGGCUGGCUGCACUACGGGUGAAGUGGUGUUAUUUUCAUGGCUAAAAUAAUUAAACUCUCCAUACGAGAUAAACUAAUAUGAAAUAAACUAAUUUCAAUCAUACGCAUGCAUGCACGCGCGCACACACACACACACACACACACACAUACACACACACACAGACUUCUCUGAGAGUGUGAAAAGGGCAGAGCAGCAUCACGAUUACCAUAAUGUCCUAAGAAUAUGUGUUUGAGGAACAGCAGGCCUAACAAACCAUAGCAAUGUCCAGAAAUGGUUUAUGUAAAUGAAGAACAUCAACGAAGCAUCUCAGUAGAGCUCCAUCUAACUAUUAACUGUGAGAAAGGGUUGUGUCCCAAAUGGCACCCUAUUCCCUAUAUAGUACACUACUUUUGACCAGAACCUUAAGGGCCCCGGUCAAAAGUAGUGCACUAUGUAGAGAAUAGGGUGCCAUUUGGGACGUAGCCAAAGUCUUGCCAAGCUAGCAUGUAGACGGAUGCUGAAAAGAUGACAAAGUGGAUGCUGAACUUUGCGAUUCAUUUCCCCCUUAACACAAUCAAACAUCUCCUGCCAAUUUACUCAGAUUAUGCUUCAGGUGUUGUGUGUAAUUGUAUUUCAAGCUUCUGUUCCCUCACUGAAAUAUUAAAGUGCCGGUUAAUCUUUCUCUAUGAAAAAUGAAAAAUCACAUAGCUUGAAGAAUGGAAGUCUAUUUUAGGUGCGUUUGGGGAGCAGUUUACUAAUUGUGGAGAUGGAAAUGAGAAUGGAUUUUCUUCCCCGCUGUCAAACAAUUAGUCUAAAGAGAAAGAUAUGCUGCGUAUGUAUUGUGCAUAUGAAGCAAAAAACAGAAGUUAUUGUCUAUUUUGACUAAGCAAUUGCAUUACUUUGACAUAGUGGUUCAGUUGUCCUCAAAAUUGCACGCUGUAUCUGUUGACAGGCUGUCCCACAAGGCGUGGGUAUAUUGUGUACUGUAGUGUUAAAUCUCUCUCUCUCUCUCUCUCUCUCUCUCUCUCUCUCUCUCUCUCUCUCUCUCUCUCUCUCUCUCUCUCUCUGUCUCUCUGUCUCUCUCGCUCUCUCGUUCUCUCUCCCUCCAACUCACCUCCCUGCCUCUCUCUCCCCUCUCUCUCCCCCCUCUUCCUCCAACCCUCCUCCCUCCCCUCUCUCCAACCUUUCUCCCUCCCCCUCUCUCUCUCCUCCCUCUCUCCCUCCCUCCCCCCAGUUGUGGACAUGGAUGGAGGAUCUCCAGAAGGAGCUGUUGGAGGAGGUGUGUUCAGACUCGGUGGAGUCAGUCCAGGAGCUCAUCAAGCAGUUCCAGCAGCAGCAGACAGCCACGCUGGAGGCUACGCUCAACGUCAUCAAGGAGGGAGAAGACCUCAUCCAGCAGCUCAGGUCAGUGCUGAUCUUGGGUCAGUUUUGCCUUUUCCCCACUAAUAGUUAAGGUUUGGAUUGGGGAAGGGAAAGCUGAUCCUAGAAACUUCACCCCGGAGUGUGCUAUAUCCCAGCAGGGGGCAGUGGGGAAAAUACAGGGUGAUCUAGAAUCAGUUUAUCCUUUUUAGAUCAUAAUGUGUAAGACAGGGUUGGGCUCAAUUCAGAAUUUAACUCAUAAAUUGAAAUUCAAAUUGAAUCGGCUACACCCCACAGGAAGUAUAAUUUUUAUUUGAGUUUGACUGACAGGAAAUAGGAUUGAAUUCAGUGCAAUUCAAAGAAAUUCCACUCAGUCAUAUAACAUGAGAGCUUCAUUGAAUCUGACAGGUCACACUUCCAGAUAAAAAAAUUACAAAGAAUACUCUCUGGAAACAAUGUCCAUAUACUAUUUUAACCUUAUUGCUUAGCCAAUUAUAUUUCCACAAACCAUUUCAUUUGUUUGGCUUCUUUUUGAAGGCCUCAGGGUCAACUUGGUGGUUAAACUAAUGCAUUCUGGGAAAUUUAAUAUUUAUUUAACAAAAUGUAAGUGAUUAAUGAAAUAUAAUAACUUAGAAUAUUCGCAUACAGGUUUUGUUUUCCUUGAUCAUUCAUUUUAAGUUUGUCCUGAAAAUCAAUUGUUAAAAAAAUAUUUUAUAUGCAUGAAUAUAACGACGUUUGAUGUUUUAUGUACAAGAUGUACUGUAUAUUUGUAAGACUACACCUAAUAUAGCAUAGAAGAGGCAUUUGAAUUUCAUUGAAUUUCGCUGAAUUUGAUUAUAUUUCCUUUCAUUCAAAUUCGAAUUGCAAUUCUGUAUCUGGUCUAAUGCUGCAAUUCAAAUUCGAUUCAAAUUCAAGAAUUGAAUUGGAAUUUAUGAGGCAUUCUCAAUUCAGUUCUGAAUUGAGCCCAUCUCUGGUGUAAGAGUACACGGACAGGGGGAACCUGAUCCUAGAUUACCACUCCUACUCUGAGACAUUAUGAAUAUGGGCCCAGAUCUAGGAACAGUUUUGCCUUUCAGAUCGUAAUGAAUAAGAUUACACGGACAGGGGCUCCCUGAUCCUAGAUCAGCACUCGAUUUAUGAAAUAAUGUACUUAACUGUACUGUAUUGUCAAGAGUGAUGGAAAUAUAAUACAAUUUCACUGCAGUCAUCAAAACGCACUCACUUGUUUUAUGGGCCUCGGGUCAUUGUGUAUGAGAGAGGGCCAAGUGGGUCAGACCAUAUACAGUGCCUUGCAAAAUUAUUCAUCCCCCUUGGUGUGUUUCCUAUUUUGUUGCAUUACAACCUGUAAUUUAAAUGGAUUUUUAUUUUUAUUUCAUGAAAUGGACAUACACAAAAUAGUCCAAAUUGUCCAAUAUAUAUACAGCUGUUCUGAAAGGCCCCAGAGUCUGCAACACCACUAAGCAAGGGGCACCACCAAGCAAGCGGCACCAUGAAGACCAAGGAGCUCUCCAAACAGGUCAGGGAUAAAGUUGUGGAGAAGUACAGAUCAGGGUUGGGUUAUAAAAAAAAAUAUCUGAAACUUUGAACAUCCCACGGAGCACCAUUAAAUCCAUUAUUACAAAAUUGAAAGAAUAUGGCACCACAACAAACCUGCCAAGAGAGGGCCGCCCACCAAAACUCACCGAACAGGCAAGGAGGGCAUUAAUCAGAGAGGCAACAAAGAGACCAAAGAUAACCCUGAAGGAGCUGCAAAGCUCCACAGCAGAGAUUGGAGUAUCUGUCCAUAGGACCACUUUAAGCCAUACACUCCACAGAGCGGGGCUUUACGGAAGAGUGGCCAGAUAAAAGCCAUUGCUUAAAGAAAAAAGUAAGUAAACAUGUUUGGUGUUCACCAAAAGGCAUGUGGGAGAUUCCCCAAACAUAUGGAAGAAGGUACUCUGGUCAGAUGAGACUAAAAUUGAGCUUUUUGCCCAUCAAGGAAAACGCUAUGUCUGGUGCAAACCCAAUACCUCUUAUCACCCCGAGAACACCAUCCAAGUAGGGUGGUGAAGCAUCAUGCUGUGGGGAUGUGUUUCAUCGGCAGGGACUGGGAAACUGGUCAGAAUUGAAUUAUGGAUGGCGCUAAAUACAGGGAAAUUCUUGAGGGAAACCUGUUUCAGUCUUCCAGAGAUUUGAGACUGGGAUGGAGGUUCACCUUCCAGCAGGACAUUGACAGUAAGCAUACUGCUAAAGCAACACUCGAGUGGUUUAAGGGGAAACAUUUAAAUGUCUUUGAAUGGCCUAGUCAAAGCCCAGACCUCAAUCCAAUUGAGAAUCUGUGGUGUGACUUAAAGAUUGCUGUAUACCAGCGGAACCCAUCCAACUUGAAGGAGCUGGAGCAGUUUUGCCUUGAAGAAUGGGCAAAAAUCCCAGUGGCUAGAUGUGCCAAGCUUAUAGAGACAUACCCCAAGAGACUUGCAGCUGUAAUUGCUGCAAAAGGUGGCUCUACAAAGUAUUGACUUUGGGGGGGGGUGAAUAGUUAUGCACGCUCAAGUUUUCAGUUUUUUUGUUUUAUUUGUUGUUCUUUCACAAUAAAAAAUAUUUUGCAUCUUCAAAGUGGUAGGCAUGUUGUGUAAAUCAAAUGAUACAAACCCCCCAAAAAUCCAUUUUAAUUCCAGGUUGUAAGGCAACAAAAUAGGAAAAAUGCCAAGGGUGGUGAAUACUUUCGCAAGCCACUGUAGUUCAAUACUACAUGGUGAUAGGUGUUGUAUUGCUGCUAAUCCACUCCGGGGCAGAUGUGUUAAAGUGCCUUUGCAGUGAGGGCAAUUGGGUUAUUCCUUAGAGGGGCUCCGUUUCUGACAUAUUUUACACCCUCCCUUAUUGAACACUAACACCAUGACAAGAACACUCCAUUGCUCCUAUUUUGCUCAUGAUAUUUGUGCGGCAUCCCAAAUGGAACCCUAUUCCCUAAAUAGUGCACUACUUUUGAACAGACUCCUAGUGCUGCAUUUCCAUGGAGACUUACCCCGACACCAGUGUGUCGCCAGUGUUUUAUGUUAAUGUGACUCUAGUGUAAUUGUGUUUCCAAUCAGAGUGUGACACUAAGAACUUGGGGAGAGCAGAAUCAACAACCUCUGCAUCAUUAAGACAGUGCUUUGUGAGAAGGUGUUAAAGUUCACAGUUGGCCAUUGUUAUGUAAAUUACAUCAGAAAAGUACCAAUGGCCUGGCUUUGGCUGCAAGUUAGAGCAGGUCUGCCGGUGCCAUGGCCCAGUGAGAAACGGGUGCCGGCCCGCGUAGAUGGAAACAGAAAAGUCUUAGCCUUUUGGGUAAAACACAGGGGUCAAUAGUGUAUGUAAAUGUGCCACUGGGAGCCCUGGUCAAAAGGUAGUGCGCAAUAAAGGGAAUAGGGUGCCAUUUGAGUCGCGGCCUUAGUACUACCCAUCCCACAGCUCAGGGUUGCUCUCUCUGCCUCUCUCUCUCUCUCUCUCUCUCUCUCUCUCUCUCUCUCUCUCUCUCUCUCUCUCUCUCUCUCUCUCUCUCUCUCUCUUUCUAUCUCUCUCUCAAUUCAAUUUCAAUUUCAAUUUAAGGGCUUUAUUGGCAUGGGAAACGUGUGUUAACAUUGCCAAAGCAAGUGAAGUAGAUAGUAAACAAAAGUGAAAUAAACAAUAAAUAUUAACAGUAAACAUUACACUCAGAAGUUUCAAAAGAAUAAAGACAUUUCAAAUGUCAUAUUAUGUAUAUAUACAGUGUUGUAACAAUGUGCAAAUAGUUAAAGUACAAAUGGGAAUAUAAAUAAACAUAAAUAUGGGUUGUAUUUACAAUGGUGUUUGUUCUUCACUGGUUGCCCUUUUCUUGUGGCAACAGGUCACAAAUCUUGCAGCUGUGAUGGCACACUGUGGUUUUUCACCCAGUAGGUAAGGGAGUUUAUGAAAAUUGGGUUUGUUUUCGAAUUCUUUGUGGAUCGCUGUAAUCUGAGGGAAAUAUGUGUCUAAUAUGGCCAUACAUUUGGCAGGAGGUUAGGAAGUGCAGCUCAGUUUCCACCUCAUGUUGUGGGCAGUGUGCACAUAGCCUGUCUUCUCUUGAGAGCCAGGUCUGCCUACGGCGGCCUUUCUCAAUAGCAAGGCUAUGCUCACUGAGUCUGUACAUAGUCAAAGCUUUCCUUAAGUUUGGGUCAGGUAUUCUGCCACUGUGUACUCUCUGUUUAGGGCCAAAUAGCAUUCUAGUUUGCUCUGUUUUUUUGUUUGUUCUUUCCAAUGUGUCAAGUAAUUAUCUUUUUGUUUUCUCAUGAUUUGGUUGGGUCUAAUUGUGUUGUUGUUGUUGUUGUUGUCCUGGGGCUGUGUGGGGUCUGUUUGUGUUUGUGAACAGAGCCCCAGGACAAGCUUACUUAGGGGACUCUUCUCCAAGUUCAUCUCUCUGUAGGUGAUGGCUUUGUUAUGGAAGGUUUGGGAAUCGCUUCCUUUUAAGUGGUUAUAGAAUUUAAUGGCUCUUUUCUGGAUUUUGAUAAUUAGCGGGUAUUGGCCUAAUUCUGCUCUGCAUGCAUUAUUUGGUGUUUUACGUUGUACACAGAGGAUGUUUUUGCAGAAUUCUGCAUGCAGAGUCUCAAUUUGGUGUUUGUCCCAUUUUGUGAAUUCUUGGUUGGUGAGCGGACCCCAGACCUCAGAACCAUAAAGGGCAAUGGGUUCUAUAACUGAUUCAAGUAUUUUUAGCCAGAUCCUAAUUGGUAUUUCAAAUGUUAUGUUCCUUUUGAUGACAUAGAAGGCCCUUCUUGCCUUGUCUCUCAGAUCGUUCACAGCUUUGUGGAAGUUACCUGUGGCGCUGAUGUUUAGGCCGAGGUAUGUAUAGUUUUUUGUGUGCUCUAGGGCAACGGUGUCUAGAUGGAAUUUGUAUUUGUGGUCCUGGCAACUGGACCUUUUUUGGAACACCAUUAUGUUUGUCUUACUGAGAUUUACUGUCAGGGCCCAGGUCUGACAGAAUCUGUGCAGAAGAUCUAGGUGCUGCUGUAGGCCCUCCUUGGUUGGUGACAGAAGCACCAGAUCAUCAGCAAACAGAAGACAUUUGACUUCAGAUUCUAGUAGGGUGAGGCCGGGUGCUGCAGACUGUUCUAGUGCCCUCGCCAAUUUGUUGAUAUAUAUGUUGAAGAGGGUGGGGCUUAAACUGCAUCCCUGUCUCACCCCACGGCCAUGUGGAAAGAAAUGUGUGUGUUUUAUGCCAAUUUUAACCGCACACUUGUUGUUUGUGUACAUGGAUUUUAUAAUGUCGUAUGUUUUUCCCCCAACCCCACUUUCCAUCAAUUUGUAUAGCAGACCCUCAUGCCAAAUUGAGUCAAAAGCUUUUUUGAAAUCAACAAAGCAUGAGAAGACUUUGCCUUUGUUUUGGUUUGUUUGUUUGUCAAUUAGGGUGUGCAGGGUGAAUACGUGGUCUGUCGUACGGUAAUUUGGUAAAAAGCCAAUUUGACAUUUGCUCAGUACAUUGUUUUCACUGAGAAAAUGAACUAGUCUGCUGUUAAUGAUAAUGCAGAGGAUUUUCCCAAGGUUGCUGUUGACGCAUAUCCCACGGUAGUUAUUGGGGUCAAAUUUGUCUCCACUUUUGUGGAUUGGGGUGAUCAGUCCUUGGUUCCAAAUAUUGGGGAAGAUGCCAGAGCUAAGGAUGAUGUUAAAGAAAUUUGUGGUCUGUAUAUUUUAUCAUUUCAUUGAGGAUACCAUCAACACCACAGGACUAUUUGGGUUGGAGGGUUUGUAUUUUGUCCUGUAGUUCAUUCAAUGUAAUUGGAGAAUCCAGUGGGUUCUGGUAGUCUUUAAUAGUUGAUUCUAAGAUUUGCAUUUGAUCAUGUAUAUUUUUUUUGCUGUUUGUUCUCUGUUAUAGGGCCAAAAAGAUUGGAGAAGUGGUUUACCCAUACAUCUCCGUUUUGGAUAGAUAGCUCUUCGUGUUGUUGUUUGUUUAGUGUUUUCCAAUUUUCCCAGAAGUGGUUAGAGUCUAUGGAUUCUUCAAUUACAUUGAGCUGAUUUCUGACAUGCUGUUCCUUCUUUUUCCGUAGUGUAUUUCUGUAUUGUUUUAGUGAUUCACCAUAGUGAAGGCGUAGUGUCACGCUCGUCGAACAGAGAUGAGGACCAAGGCACAGCGUUGCAGGCAAACAUACUCUUUAAUUAGAGACACGAUCAAAAACAACAAACGAUACGUGACAGUUCACGGUCUAACAUAAACAGACUAGAAACAAGAUCCCACAAACUCUGUGGGGAAACAGGCUGCUAAAGUAUGGUUCUCAAUCAGAGUCAACAAGCAACAGCUGAAUCACGUUGCCUCUGAUUGAGAACCACACUGGCCAACAUAGAACCACAAUGCCAGAAUGUGAAACCUAGAACAACACACAUAAACUUUACACACCCUGGCUCAACAUAUUAGAGUCCCCAGAGCCAGGGCGUGACAGUACCCCCCCCUAAAGGCGCGGACUCCGACCGCGCCCACCAAACACCACAGGGGAGGGACCUGGUGGGCACUCCGCUUAGGCGGCGGAUCCUGCUCCGGGCCUGAUCCCCGCUCUCUCUCCAACCCCCCAAAGUACCCCUGGUCCGGUCUGGCCCCGCUGGCCGGAGCUGGACUGCACACUGGUGGAGCGGAUUGCUCUAGCUCCGGCGUGAAGCAUCUGACCGGUGCCGGACCAGCCACCGGUGGAACAGGCACGGGCCGUGCCGGACUGACGACGCACACCACUGGCUUGGUGUGGGGAGCAGGAGCGGGCCGAGCCGGGCUGACGAAGCGCACCACUGACUUGGUGCGGGGAGCAGGAGCGGGCCGAGCCGGGCUGACGAAGCGCACCACUGACUUGGUGCGGGGAGCAGGAACGGGCCGUGCCGGGCUGACGAAGCGCACCACUGACUUGGUGCGGGGAGCAGGAACGGGCCGAGCCGGGCUGACGAAGCGCACCACUGACUUGGUGCGGGGAGCAGGAGCGGGCCGAGCCGGGCUGACGAAGCGCACCACUGACUUGGUGCGGGGAGCAGGAACGGGCCGUGCCGGGCUGACGAAGCGCACCACUGACUUGGUGCGGGGAGCAGGAGCGGGCCGAGCCGGGCUGACGAAGCGCACCACUGACUUGGUGCGGGGAGCAGGAACGGGCCGUGCCGGGCUGACGAAGCGCACCACUGACUUGGUGCGGGGAGCAGGAACGGGCCGAGCCGGGCUGACGAAGCGCACCACUGACUUGGUGCGGGGAGCAGGAGCGGGCCGAGCCGGGCUGACGAAGCGCACCACUGACUUGGUGCGGGGAGCAGGAACGGGCCGUGCCGGGCUGACGAAGCGCACCACUGACUUGGUGCGGGGAGCAGGAACGGGCCGAGCUGGGCUGGCGAUGCGCACCACAGACUUGGUGCGGGGAGCAGGAACAGGCCGGGCCGAGCUGGCGAUGCGCACCGUAGACUUGGUGCGAGUGGCAGGAACAGGCCGGACCGUACUGGGAACACACACCACUGGCCCUACGUGGGGAUCAGGAACAGGCCGGACCGGACUGGCAACACACGCCAGUACCUCUCGCCGUGCCUCUACAUCCUCCUUCCCCCUGGUGACCAGUGACUCCCGUAACCUGGCGGCCUCCUGCUGCCCCGUCGUCCACGGCGUUAGCCCCCCCCUAAAAAAUGUAUGGGCUUCACUCCUACCCGUGGACCAGGUCUCCAUGCUCCUCGCCAGCCUUUCGCCCUUCUGCCUCCACGUCAAGCCCCUCUCUUCCUCACAUGGCUUGACCCAGUCGAGGAGGCGAAGGAGAUCCGCUAGAGAUCUCUCAGGCGCUGGCUCCUGGACUUGCUGCUUGGUCCAGUCUUGGUGGGAUCUUCUGUCACGCUCGUCGAACAGAGAUGAGGACCAAGGCGCAGCGUUGCAGGCAAACAUACUCUUUAAUUAGAGACACGAUCAAAAACAACAAACGAUACGUGACAGUUCACGGUCUAACAUAAACAGACUAGAAACAAGAUCCCACAAACUCUGUGGGGAAACAGGCUGCUAAAGUAUGGUUCUCAAUCAGAGUCAACAAGCAACAGCUGAAUCACGUUGCCUCUGAUUGAGAACCACACUGGCCAACAUAGAACCACAAUACCAGAAUGUGAAACCUAGAACAACACACAUAAACUUUACACACCCUGGCUCAACAUAUUAGAGUCCCCAGAGCCAGGGCGUGACACGUAGGCUCAGGUUUUCUGGGUCUCUAUGUUUUUGGUUGGAUAGGUUUCUCAAUUUCUUUCUUAGGUUUUUGCAUUCUUCAUCAAACCAUUUAUCACUGUUAUUACUUUUCUUUGGUUUUCUGUUAGAGAUUUUUAGAUUUGAUAGGGAAGCUGAGAGGUCAAAUAUACUGUUUAGGUUUUCUACUGCAAAGUUUACACCUUCACUAUUACAGUGGAACGUUUUGUCCAGGAAGUUGUCUAGAAUGGAUUGAAUUUGUUGUUUCCUAAUUGUUUUUUGGUAGGUUUCAACACUACUUUCCUUCCAUCUAUAGCAUUUCUUAAUAUUAUUCAGUUCCUUUGGCUUUGAUGCCUCAUGAUUGAGUAUUGCUCUGUUCAAGUAGACUGUGAUUUUGCUGUGGUCUGAUAGGGGUGUCAGUGGGCUGACUGUGACUCACAGUUGACUCUCUCUCUCUCUCUCUCUCUCUCUCUCUCUCUCUCUCUCUCUCUCUCUCUCUCUCUCUCUCUCUCUCAAUUCAAUGUACUUUAUUGACAUGAAAAGUUAGCAACUUACAUUGCUUAACCUCCCGAGUGGCGCAGUGGUCUAAGGCACUGCAUUGCAGUGCUAGCUGUGCCACUAGAGGCUCUGUCGUAGCCGGCCGCGACCGGGAGACCCAUGGGACGGCGCACAAUUGGCCCAGCGUCGUGCAGGGUAGGAGAGGGAAUUGCUGGCAGGGAUGUAGCUCAAUUGGUAGAGCAUGGUGUUUGCAAUGCCAGGGUUGUGGGUUCGAUUCCCACGGGGGGCCAGCAUGAAAAAAAAUUAAAAUAAUGUAUGCACUCACUAACUGUAAGUUGCUCUGGAUAAGAGCGUCUGCUAAAUGACUAAAAUGUAAAUUGUCAACGCAAACACAAGCAACAACCAAAAUAUAAUAACAAUCCCUCCCGCUCUCUCUCCCCCUCCAGGGAUGCUGCCAUGUCCACCAACAAGAUGCCCCACAACAGCUCCAUCGCCCACAUUGAGAGUGUCCUGCAGCAGCUGGAUGAGGCCCAGGGCCAGAUGGAGGAGCUGUUCCAUGAGAGGAAGAUCAAGCUGGACAUCUUCCUGCAGCUACGCAUUUUUGAGCAGUACACCAUCGAGGUGAGAAACACCAGAGGCUGGGGGGGAUUUGAUGGGGGAGGCACCUCAAGGGAAAGUAGGGGGAGAGGGGAGACGGUUUGUGUGCGAGUGGGGGUGGGUGGGUGGGUAGGUGUGUGUAUGCCAGUGGCGGUGCCGUUUAAGAUCAGGGGAAAAAAUAAAUAAUAUGGGCCUUAUUUUUAUUACAAAUUUUCCCUAUACCAAUCAUGAGGUUGCUACAACCUAGCCUACAAAUUAAAGUUUACAACAUAGUUGCACAGGUCAAGAGAAAAAUGUGAGUAAUCAAGGUGACAGACAGUGACACAUUCAAUACCGCCUUGCACACUCUUGCCUGCAUCUAGCUGAUCUGGGUGUAAUCAUUAGUCCAAACAGUUGCAAACAAGAGUUUCUAAAUUCAGGUAUGUUUAUCCCAGUUUUGUUCCGUUUGCUUCCAUUUAAGAAUCGGCGGAAUGAUCACCUGCAAACACAGUUGACUUUCAUAGCAGCCACAUACAAACAGCAUGAUCACUUUGCUCGUUGUACAGUUGAAGUCGGAAGUUUACAUACACCUUAGCCAAAUACAUUUAAACUCAGUUUUUCACAAUUCCUGACAUUUAAUCCUAGUAAAAAUUCCCUGUCUUAGGUCGGUUAGCCUUCCACAAGCUUCCCACAAUAAGUUGGGUGAACUUUGGCCCAUUCCUCCUGACAGAGCUGGUGUAACUGAGUCAGGUUUGUAGGCCUCCUUGCUCGCACGCAGUUCUGCCCACACAUUUUCUAUAGGAUUGAGGUCAGGGCUUUGUGAUGGCCACUCCAAUACCUUAACUUUGUUGUCCUUAAGCCAUUUUGCCACAACUUUGGAAGUAUGCUUGGGGUCAUUUUGUACCCAAUUUGUAAGUCGCUCUGGAUAAGAGUGUCUGCUAAAUUAUGUAAAUGUAAAUGUCAUUGUCCAUUUCCUGACUGAUGUCUUGAGAUGUUGCUUCAAUAUAUCCACAUAAUUUUCCUUCCUCAUGAUGCCAUCUAUUUUGUGAAGUGCACCAGUCCCUCCUGCAGCAAAGCACCCCCACAGCAUGAUGCUGACACCCCCGUGCUUCACGGUUGGGAUGGUGUUCUUCGGCUUACAAACCGCCCCCUUUUCCUCCAAACAUAACGAUGGUCAUUAUGGCCAAACAGUUAUAUUUUGGUUUCAUCAGACCAGAGGACAUUUCUCCAAAAAGUACAAUCUUUGUCCCCAUGUGCAGUUGCAAACCGUAGUCUGGCUUUUUUAUGUCGGUUUUGGAGCAGUGGGUUCUUCCUUGCUGAGCGGCCUUUCAGGUUAUGUCGAUAUAGGACUCGUUUUACUGUGGAUAUAGAUACUUUUGUACCUGUUUCCUCCAGCAUCUUCACAAGGUCCUUUGCUGUUGUCCUUUGCUGUUGUUCUGGGAUUGAUUUGCACUUUUCGCACCAAAGUACGUUCAUCUCUAGGAGACAGAACACGUCUCCUUCCUGAGCGGUAUGACGGCUGCGUGGUCCCAUGGUGUUUAUACUUGCGUACUAUUGUUUGUACAGAUGAACAUGGUACCUUCAGGCGUUUGGAAAUUGCUCCCAAGGAUGAACCAGACUUGUGGAGGUGUACAUUUUUUUUCUUCUGAGGUCUUUGUUUUGUAUUUAAUUUCAUUGUAUGGGGCGGCAGGUAGCUUAGUGGUUAAGAGCGUUGUGCCAGUAACCGAAAGGUCGCUGGUUCUAAUCCCUGAGCCGACUAGGUGAAAAAUCUGUCGAUGUGCCCUUGAGCAAGGCACUUAACCCUAAUUGCUCCUGUAAGUCGCUCUGGAUAAGAGCGUCUGCUAAAUGACUAAAAUGUAAAAUGUAAUGUAAAUGUCUUGGCUGAUUUCUUUUGAUUUUCCCAUGAUGUCAAGCAAAGAGGCACUGAGUUUGAAGGUAGGCCUUGAAAUACAUCCACAGGUACACCUCCAAUUGACUCAAAUGAUGUCAAUUAGCCUAUCAGAAGCUUCUAAAGCCAUGACAUCAUUUUCUGUAAUUUUCCAAGCUGUUUAAAGGCACAGUCAACUUAGUGUAUGUAACUUCUGACCCACUGGAAUUGUGAUACAGUGAAUUCUAAGUGAAAUAAUCUGUCUGUAAACAAUUGUUGGAAAAAUUACUUGUGUCAUGCACAAAGUAGAUGUCCUAACCGACUUGCCAAAACUAUAGUUUGUUAACAAGAAAUUUGUGGAGUGGUUGAAAAACGAGUUUUAAUGACUCCAACCUUAGUGUAUGUAAACUUCUGACUUCAACUGUAUAAUUCUCGCAUCUACACGCUCUCCUCCUCUCACCUUUUCCCUUCACUUGUGGACUUCAUUGCACAACACUACAGGCGAAAAAACCUUAUGCUUUCAGUACUAGAUUCAUUCUCUGAUCCUUUGAUUGGGUGGAGUACAUGUCAGUUCAUGCUGCAAGAGCUCUGAUAGGUUGGAGGACAUCCUACUGUGUGAGUCUAUGGAUGGGGGUGAGAAUCAUGAGCCUCCUAGGUUUUGUGUUGAAGUCAAUGUACCCAGAGGAGGACGGAAACUAGCUGUCCUCCGGCCACACCAUGGUGCUACCCCAGAGAGUGCUGUUGAGGCUACUGUAGACCUUCAUUGCAAAACAGUGUGUGUUAAUCAAUAAUUUGGUGACAUGAAUAUAUUUAGUAUAGUUUUAUCUAAAAAUUAUAACUUUUUAAAUGUUUAAAUAUUUUUAUUUUUAUGAAAUUCACUGAGGAGGAUGGUCCUCCCCUUCGUCCUCUGAGGAGCCUCCACUGGUGUGUACGUGCGCGUGUGUGUACGUGCAUACAUAAGUGUGUGUGUGCGUUUGCAUGCGUGGGUGUGUGUGUAUGCGCACGAGCAUGUGUCUGUGUGUGUGUGUGUGUGUGUGAGGGGUCAUCUGCUGGCCACACAGUAAUCUAAUGAUCCUAGCGUAAGGCUUGUAGAAACCUAAUGUCAGUUGACUUUGAUAGAUAACUGCGUAUGUAGUCCCUGAUGAGUACAAGGCCUCCAGUAUGUCCUAGGCCUUAGUAUGUCCUAGGCCGAGACGUGCCGUGAAUUACCAAUUGGUGUAGCUUUCUCGGAACUAGGCUGUUAGGCUCUUACAGUUGUCAGAAAAACAUAGCAUGAUGCCACAGUGAAAAAAAGAAAGACUACAGUAGUAAUUCACUUCGGGGGGGGGGGGGGAUUCUUACCUAAUGGUGUCAUUAAGAACAAUACAACUGGGAGAGCUAUAUAGCUACUAUCCAUAUAAUGUACAUUAUUCCAGUGGAAUAGCUUUCUUUGGAAUAGCUUAAUCUUUCACAGUAUCAUCUGAGCUGCACAUAAUGACUUAGUUACAUAACACUCGGUCUCAGUGUGAGCACCUUGGCCCAGGUGUGCCAUCUCAUCCAGGUGUAACACUAACAUCAUUAACCUCUGACCUUGCCUUGUGACCUCCCUGCAGGUGACGGCGGAGCUGGACGCGUGGAACGAAGACCUGCUGCGCCAGGUGAACGACUUCAAUUCGGAGGACCUGACCCUGGCCGAGCAGCGGCUGCAGCGCCACACGGAGCGCAAGCUGGCCAUGAACAACAUGACCUUUGAGGUGAUGCAGCAGGGACAAGACCUGCACCAGUACAUCAUGGAGGUCCAGGCCUCAGGUGAGAUAUACUGAGACUGGACUGGAGCCGGUCACAGGGGAGAGAGGGAGAGAGGGAGGGAAGGCGGGAGGGAGGGGAGAGAGAAUACAUCAUUUAGGUCAAAUCAAAUGUUAUUCAUCACAUGCUUUGUAAACAACAGGUGUGGACUAACAGUGAAAUGCUUACGGGCCCUUCUCAACAAUGCAGAGAGAAAGAAAAUAGAGAAAUAAUACAAAAAUAAAACACGUAAAAAUAAAAGUAAUAAUAGAUACUUCAAUGAGUAACGAUGUAUACAAGGGGUACCAGUACUGAGUCGAUGUGCAGGGGUAUGAGGUAAUUGAGGUAGAUAUGUACAUAUAGGUAGGGGUAAAGUGACAGAUAGUAAUCAGUAGCAACAGCGUAUGUGAUGAGUCAAAAAAGUUAGUGCAAAAAGGGUCAAUGGAGAUAGUCUGGGUAGCUAUUUGGUUAACUAUUGAACUAACUAUUUAGGAGUCUAAUGGCUUGUGGGUAGAAACUGUUCAGGGUCCUGUUGGUUCUUGGUGCAUCGGUAACGCUUGCUGGACAUAAUUUUUUUUAGCCUUUCUUAAAGCAAUAGGCUAUUCGAAGAGGGAUGCGAAGUCUUGUUUGCUGAAUGUUAAAUACAGCAGCCAAUAGAACUCACGUGUAGUUUGAAAGAAGAGCGAACGAGCCAUGGUGGUAGGCUAUAGCAGUUAUUUAUUAAGAUCCAUAACCAUUCAAUCUUCCUGGAGAGAAGUGAAAGCUUUCUGCAUCUAAUUUUAGUCCUAAAUUAUUCAAGGAUUUCAUUAGAAUUAUGAAGAUAUGGACAACAAAACGUAUUUCAUUUAACUAUUGAAAGCAAGGAAGGAAGGAAGCAACAAUAGAGAGAGAAAGAGGAGGUAGGCUAAUAACAUUACGGGAAUAUGCGUAAAUAUGCGUAUAUAUGCGUCAGCCUACAUAAGGUAUAUAUGUCAGCCUACUAAUUAUACAAAUAAGCCCUAUUAAAUGUCUAAAUUAAAAUCAAAUUCGCUAGCCUAUACUUGUAACUUUGUAGGCUGCAUGUGCUGCACCAGAAUCACAUGUUCUCUCCCUGCUUUAUCAUGGUUUGAACGAUGUGUGUAAUUCCAGUCCAUAUAAUACAGUAUAAUACAAUACAGUAGAGUAAUACUGUUCACACUCAAAAAGAUUAGCCUACUGGAGCUAGUUUCAUUUAUUUACCCAAGAGAGCUUAUAGCUAGAUACAUCUAUGGGCUUUUAUGUUUUUCUGCAGUAGCCUAUAUCAUAUAUGUAUUGGAUAACGGCACAAUCAUUUGGGCUUUUUUGGGCUUGGGCUCAUUAAAUGUCUUUAAUGUAGGGCUCAUAAUUAUUUUUAAAUGUAUGGUUCAUCAGGCUCAGGUAGCCUCAGGCUGGAAUUUUCGAUCAAAGCGCUAAUCAAAUCCAGACAUAGGCCUAUUUACAGUAUAUACUUUAUAAUGCUUUUGAAUGACACUACGGGUUUUGGCAGGAAAUACCGGGUUACCCGGGAGAAAAGUGAUUUAUUCUCGGGAUGGAACAUUUAAAAAAUACCUGGAAAAUAUUCAACCGUGCAGUAGCAGAGAGAACAGUCUAUGACUGUUUAUGGGUGGCUGGAGUCUUUGGCCAUUUUUAGGGCCUUCCUUUUUUUUUUUUAGGUCCAGGCAUUUCUCCUUUAACUGUAUUUUGUAUUUUUGUAUUUUCUAUUUUUUACUGCAUAUACAAACUUAUACAUACGUACAAGAACACAAGCAAUGACUACAUCUCAUCUGCCCAGACCCGCAUGCUCACACCCCCAUCCCUAGUGCCUGCAUGAUCAAUUUGUUUUUCUCGGUCGCCCAUGCUAUUUCAAUAUUUCAGUAAUAAAUCAUUAGAUCUUUCCAUUGUGUUGAUGGUGGGUUGAUUGAUUCCCAAGUUCCAAUCCUCUUACCCUCCUCACUGUGCUGCAUGGGGCUUAAUAUGAGGCCUGAGCUGCAUCCCAAAUUGUACCCUAUUUCCUAUAUAAUACACUACUUUUGACCAGAGCCCUAUGAGCCCUGGUCAAAAGUAGUCCACUAUAUAUGGAAUGGGGUGCCAUUUGGGACACACACACACACACACACACACACACACACACACACACACCACCUCCCCGUAGCCCCCCUCACACACACCAGAGGGGUGAGGAAGGGGAAGGACGGGGGUGGAGCUGAAAUCUGGGCCACCCUCAUGUGCCCUUCAUGGACUGUGUGGACUGUAACAUCCCCCUCAGUUGUGACCAAUGGAGACUGAAACCCUCCAAAGGUUUGCGCUGGGCUCUAGACAAUAUUUCAGGAUGGGAGAUUAAAUUAGCCAGCUGUACUAGUGUCACAUUUUAUACUGUACAUUUACAGUAUGGACAGUUUCAUUGCAGGUUUUUGGAGUGGUGCUCCUCCUAGCUCUGGUCAAACGUUGUGCACUAUAAUAAUAAUAUGCCAUUUAGCAGACGCUUUUAUCCAAAGCGACUUAUAGUCAUGUGCGCAUACAUUUUUACGUAUGGGUGGUCCCAGGGAUCGAACCCACUACCCUGGCGAUACAAGCGCCAUGCUCUACCAAUUGAGCUACAGAGGACCACACUAUAGGGAAUCGGUUGCCAUUUGGGACAUACACAUUGUUUUGUUUUCUCAUCAGAUAGACUUGAUAACCCUGUAGUUUGGUGUAAUCACAGUAAUAAUUUAAUUAGAGAAGGGAAGUGUUGUCUUUUUAAGUAGGGUGAUUUAAUUCAUGAAUUGAGAAGGAACACAACAGAUUGAAAUGGAGAAGGACUAGUGGACUAGCUCCACCUAGUGCUACAGUUUAUAACACAUCCUUCAUAUAUACCACAUAGGUCUGCAGCCACUCCUAUUGCACAGUGAUAGGGGAAACACUCAAAUAAAUCCAAUACAAUUUGGUCUUGGCAUUCAGGCUCUGCUGACAGGAAGAAAAGCAGAAAAUUCAAAACCGACAACCGAAUAGCCUAAUUUAUGGAAUGUAACUAUUUGUGACUGUAUGGUUUCAUGUGGUAGUGACAGUAAUAUUGUGUGGUGGUACAGGCAUUGAGCUGACUGGGGAAAAGGAGGUGGAUCUGGCCACUCAGGUCCAGGAGCUGCUGGAGUUCCUCCAUGAGAAGCAGCAUGAGCUGGACGUCAGCGCUGACCAGACCCAGAAGAGACUGCAGGAGUGUCUGCAGCUCCGACACCUGCAGUCAGAGGUCAAACAGGUGGGUGGGAGUACGCAUGCGCACACAUACACACGCUCAUAUUGGACAGUGCCUUCAGAAAGUAUUCAUACCCCUUGACUUAUUCCACAUUUUGUUGUGUUACAGCCUGAAUUUUAAAUGGAUUAAAUCAAUGUUUUUCUCACCCAUCUAUACACAACAGUGGAGGCUGCUGAGGGGAGGACGGCUCAUAAUAAUGGCUGGAACGGAGCAAAUGGAAUGGCAUCAAACACCUGGAAACCAUGUGUUUGAUGUAUUUGAUACCAUUCUUCCCCAUUUAAUGUGCCACCAACCUCCUGUGAUACACAAUACCCUAUAAUGACACAGUGAAAACAUGUUUUUGGAAAUGUUUACAAAUUUAUUGAAAAUGAAAUACAGAAAUAUCUCAUUUACAUACGUAUUCACACCCUUGAGUCAAUACAUGUUAAAAUCACCUUUGGCAGCGAUUACAGCUGUGAGUCUUUCUGGGUAAGUCUCUAAGAGCUAAGAGCUGCACAUUAUUAUUUUUAAAAUUCUUCAAGCUCUGUCAAGUUGGUUGUUGAUCAUCAUUAGACAGCCAUUUUCAAGUCUUGCCAUAGAUUUUCAAGCCAAUUCAAGUCAAAACUGUAACUAGGCCACUCAGGAACAUUCAAUGUCAUCUUGGUAAGCAACUCCAGUGGAUAUUUGGUCUUGUGUUUUAGGUUAUAGUCUUGCUGAAAGGUGAAUUUGUCUCCUACUGUCUGUUGGAAAGACCCAUAACCAGGUUUUCCUCUAGGAUUUUGCCUGUGCUUAGCUGUAUUCCAUUUAUUUUUAUCCUAAAAAACGCCCUUGUCCUUGCCGAUGACAAGAACACCCAUAAUAUGAUGCAGCCACCACCAUGCUUGAAAAUAUGAAGAGUGGUACUCAGUGAUGUAUUGGAUUUGCCCCAAACAUAACACUUUUUAUUCAGGACAUAAAGUUAAAAUCAUUACCAUAUUUUUUGCAGUUUUACUUUAGUGCCUUAUUGCAAACAGAAUGCAUGUUUUGGGAUAUUUUUAUUCUGUACAGGCUUCCUUCUUUUCACUCUGUCAAUUAGAUUAGUAUUGCGGAGUAACUACAAUGUUUUUGAUCCAUCCUCUGUUUUCUCCUAUCACAGCCAUUCAACUCUGUAACUGUUUUAAAGUCACCAUUGAAAUCCCUGAGUGGUUUCCUUCCUCUCCAGCAACUGAGUUAGGAAGGACGCCUGUAUCUUUGUAGUUACUGGGUGUAUUGAUUCACCAUCCAAAGUGUAAUUAGUAACUUCACCAUGCUCAAAGGGAUAUUCAAUGUCUGCUUUGGUUUUAUUUUUACCCAUCUACCAAUAGGUGCCCUUCUUUGCGAGGCAUUGGAAAACCUCCCUUGUCUUUGUGGUUGAAUCUGUGUUUGCAAUUCACUGCUCGACUGAGGGACCUUACAGAUAAUUGUAUGUGUGGGGUACAGAGAUGAGGUAGUCAUAAAAAAAUCAUGUUAACCACUAUUAUUGCACAGAGUGAGUCCAUGCUACUUAUCAUGUGACUUGUUGAGCAAAUCUUUACUCCUGAACUUAGUUAGGCUUGCCAUAGCAAAGGGGUUGAAUACUUAUUGACUCAAGACAUUUCAGCUUUUCAUUUUUAAUUAAUUUGUAAACAUUUCCAAAAACAUAAUUCCUCUUUGACGUUAUGGGGUAUUGUGUGUAUACCAGUGAUUCAAAAUCUCAAUUUAAUUAAUUUAAAAUUCAGGCUGUAACACAACAAAAUAUGGAAAAAGUCAAGUGGUGUGAAUACUUUCUGAAGGCACUGUAUAUGCACUCGCAAACACACUAUGGCUAGGGUGAACUGGACUGGUGAGAGUCCAUAGCUGUUUCCAGCACACACACUCACAUACACACACACACACACACACACACAAUGAGAGAACCCAGCAGGAUACACCCUACAUCAAACAGUCAGUGUGAGUGCAUGGCCUCCAGCAGUGGUUCAAUAUUUAAUCAAUGUUUGGCUUUUAUCAGCUGCUUGGUGAAGACUGCUUUUCUGCUUGUAGGGUACAAUGUCAACUCAAUGUAUGCCAGUGAAAUGCAUUUCCUUCAGCUUGUUAUGAUUAUUUAAUCAUCCUCAGACAGGCCAGUAAAGUAUCAUCUGUUUCACUCUGAAGUUGCCUCCCAAAUGGUACCUUAUUCCCUACAUAGUACACUACUUUUGACCAGGGCAAAUGUAGUGCACUAUUUAGGGAAUAGGGUGCCAUUUGGGACGCAAGUCUGAGAGAGCAGCUCUUUGAGGAAAUUUCAAUCUGAAUGUCAGUUUGACAGAGAGCACAUUCAGCUGUGUGCCUUCCUCACUAUUUGAGAUAUCCAAACUGUGGAAAUACAGAUAGAUGAUUAAAAUAUGCUGGAUCGCUCUCUCAAACUGAGUUCAACCGUGCCAUCCACCUAGCAAAUCACUUCUUAAAGUCAAUAUUAAAUCUACUAUUAAAUUAUUCAACGACAAUAUCAAUGGAAAUUGAUAUUUAUUGGAUAAUAUUUCCAGACAAAACACGUCUCAACCGAAAAUGCUGCAGUUUCUGUAAAUAAUUAAUUAUGUUUGUCGCAGUGGUAGUGACACGUACACUGAGUAUACAAAACAUUAACAACACCUUUCCAUGACAUAGACUGACAAGGUUAAUCUAGGUGAAAGCCAUGAUCCCUUAUUGAUGUCACUUGUUAAAUCCACUUCAGUUCUUAUAGAUGAAGGGGAGGAGACAGGUAAAAUAAGGAUUUUUUAAGCCUUGAGACAAUUGAGACAUGGAUUGCGCAACUCAAUAUUAGGAAGGUGUUCCCAGAUGGCUGCUAGCUUCCCUCACACCAUCCUCAGUGUCUCGCCUCGCGCUAGCCGCAUUCUGCAUUAAUCUCAUUUGGGCUGUAGUAAUUGCUGUCACCGGGGACUUGGGAGUGAAGAGGCUCCACUUUGCAUGAUGCACUCUAAUGGAAGGAAGGCAGGAAAUAAGCCUGAUUGUCGCAGAGUAUCUCUGAAGGAGGCUUCUGGGACUGUGCCCAGCCCAGGUAUUGUGGUGGUGGAGGGAGGAGGGGGGGGGGGGGGGAGAAGAGAGGAGAGAAGGUGUAGCAAAGGACAGGGCUAAGAGAGCGGGAGAUAGAGAAGGAUAGGUAGAGAGAAAGAAAGAAAGAAAGAAAGAAAGAAAGAAAGAAAGAAAGAAAGAAAGAAAGAAAGAAAGAAAGAAAGAAAGAAAGAAAGAAAGAAAGAAAGAAAGAAAGAGGGUGGUACGGAUUAGCCAUAUCCGCAGUGUCCCCCUGACCUGCACAGCCGGUCUCUGAGUUUUAGGAAGCUAGAGAGAAAAAACAAUCAAUGUUUCUAAUCCCUCAUGGGAUUCCUAAAUGAACAGAAGGGAACAUAUGUAAUAUCUAAUAGUUAAAUGCCCGUGAAGAAAAUACUACUGCUAAUCCUAGUUUAUCCCCUUAUUUAUGUUGAGCUAUGCCACCAAUAUGUGCUUUUAUGAAGCUAAACUAUUCUAAAGCUCUUUGUGCCUCUAGUUGUAUCUCAUGCUUGAUUUUGGGAUUGCAUUAGAUAUGUAUUACAUAAGCUCUGCCUAAAUGACUGGGUAUUUCCCAAAGUUUUCAACUGCUGUUUAAAGUUAACCAUGUCUGAGUAUCUUCAUACUUAUAAAACAGUGACAUUAUGGGUACUGUAUUAUGUUACGUGACACCAACCAUUAACCCAGAGUUCUUCUAGCCACAUUGACCAUAGCAUCCUGUGAGCUGAUGUUUGCCCAGAAUGUUUGCCCACCAGUGGUGGCUGGUGGCACUUUAAAUCGGAGGACAGGCUCAUAUAAUAGUAAUAGCUGGAACAGAAUAAUUGGAAUGGUAUGAAAAACACAGGAACAACAUGUUUCCAUGUGUUUGAUACUAUUCUGUUCACCCCAUUCCAGCCAUUAUUAUGAGCCGUCCUCCCCUCACCAGCCUCCUCUGGCCCAGAGCUAACUGUACUGUACCAAUGUGAACUCUAAAAUCCUGUCUCCUACUCUGUGUGUCCUGUGUGUCCCGCGCAGGUCCUGGGCUGGAUCCGGAAUGGGGAGUCCAUGUUGAAUGCCAGCAUGGUGAAUGCCAGCUCACUGUCAGAGGCAGAGCAACUCCAGAGGGAGCAUGAACAGUUCCAGCUGGCCAUCGAGGUAACCGCUACCCCCGCCAAACCAGACUGACAAGGCUAAUCACUUCAAUGUGCGCUGUCAUGAAACUACAUACACACGCAUGGGUGCACGCACACACACACACACAUACACAAACACACAAAAAUAAACUCCAUAUAUGCUUAGUCACACACACACAAACAUUCUCUGUCAACACCAGUGCAGUGCUUGUUUUCAUUCAGCUCUUUAAAUAGCUGCUGCUCUGAGCAUGACGGCAAACGCUCACACACACGCAGGAUGGGGCUGCCUGGUAAAGUUCUGUAUCUGCACGCACACGCACAGGCUCUGCCGUGGCGCUCACUCUGAGUACUGGAGCCUGGAUCCGGAGGCCCAGUGGCCUGUUCCAGCCCAUUCUUGUGUGCGUGCAUGCGUGUGUGUGUGUGUCAUGAAUCACAUCCAGCACAGCUCUGAAUCCAUUUGGGGAUUGAAAAUAAGCCUUUCAACCUUAUUUUCAACCGGUGGGUAGAGCAUGUUUUGACAAUGAAACCCCCCCCCAAAUUUUUUUUUACAUAAUUUGUUGCUGCAGUUCAGUGUUGUGGCACUUUAACUUACUCAAAAUCAGUCACCAAAGAUAUGGGAUAAAAGGCAGGAAUUCAGUAGGUGAGGGAUUGAUAUUGUACAAUUCCUGUUAGUAGAGACCUUGAAGAGUAGGAAUAUGAAAAUAAAUUGUUAAAAUGUGUUUAAGGCUAAAAAGCAAGAAUUUGGUAAGAUUGUGCAAAAGUAUGUGGACACCUGCUCGUCUAACAUCUUUCCAAAAUCAUGGGGCAUUAUUUCCACUAGAUGUUGGAACAUUGCUGCGGGGACUUGCUUCCAUUCAGCCACAAGAGCAUUAGUGAGGUUGGGCAUUGAUGUUGGGCGAUUAGGCCUGGCUCGCAGUCGGCGUUCCAAUUCAUCCCAAAGGUGUUCGAUGGGGUUGAGGUCAGUGCUCUGUGCAGGCCAGUCAAGUUCUUCCACACCGAUCUCGACAAACCAUUUUUUCAAACUCAUUUCAAAAGACAUACUCAAUUGAUCGCAUUCUAUUUGGAGACAAUUCCUGAACUUUGCUUUGUUUAUGACAAUACACAAAUCAUCAUAUUUUUGAUUAAACGUAGUAAGUUAAAGUUAAAUACUGUAUUCCUUCUUGUGUAAGUGCAGAAAUGUUGAAUGACUCUUGACUGCGUCCUUUCCAUUUCUCCUGCAUUGGUUAUCUCUGGUGAAUUUAUAGUUGUAAAUCAAGCCUGGAUCUGGCAGGGAAAGCACAACAUGGUAGUUUGCCUGUCAGGGUUUAAUUCUUUACGAUUGAGUACACUUGUAAAAAAUGCAUUCUGUGUCUCUUAAAUUCUGAUUUAUUUUUUCCUUUGUGGUGCUACUCGGCCUAGACAAGCAACAAAAACAGGCAGCCAUUUGACAUGGUUACAACUGAAUCUUUCCUUUCUAGUGGACAACAUACUUAUGUGAGAUGAGGAAAAAAUAGGAGAGGAAGUCGGCAGAAUAUUUCCCAUACCGUGCACUACUAUUGACCAGGCCCAGUUUCCCAAAGCCUCUUAUGGCUAAGUUCAUCAUUAGAACCUUCGUAGGAGCAUCGUUAAAUCUUCGAGCUGUUUCCAAAAACCAUUGUUACAAAAGUUGCACUUGAAAACGCUCGUUAUUUACCGACUGCCUCAGACCACGUAGAACAGCUAGGCGCGUUGUUAAAUGCUUUUUUGCCCUUCUGCGUCACUUUAUACACAGAAGAUCUCCGCUAAACAUAGAAUCAAGAUGUUUAUCUGUCUCUCUGCGACCGCUGAUAACUUCAGAAGUUGACUACAGAUACAAAGUUGCCAAUGUCUUUGCAAUUGUUAAACAUGCGGAGGAUAAAAAGAUGCUUCAAAUGAAAACCGAGAUGACUACAUUAAAAGAUAUAUACAGGAGGCCUAUAGGAUACAGAUAUAGGUCUAUAUAUUGAAAUCAUGUUGAAAUCCAUUUCAUGCAAAUUGUAGCCUACUGUCUCAAUAUAUUUCAUGAUGUGUAACAACAUGCGCAAUGAUAUGCCAAAUCUGUGAUUUAGUGUGUUAUUAUUGGGUCAGCAUAAGAAUAAGCUGCCUCAAUAUUUGCAGCUGUAGGUGAUAAUAUCUCUCUAGGAGCUGAUCCGACAUCAGUAUUGUGAAGUAAUUAUUAUGUUAAGGUAAGAUUUGAAUGGAGAAAGCUGAUCCGAGAGCAGCGCUGCCUUUCUUUAGAUCCUAUCAGUUUUGACACGCACUUAGUGAAUGUUCUCUCUGAGUAGGGUUUUGGGAAACGCAUGUUAAAUCUUCGGCCGUUGUAGGAAUUAUGCAUCAUUAAAACACUCGUAAGCCUAAGUUCCAUCACUAUCGGGAAACCGGGCCCAGGGCCCUGGUCAAAAGUAGUGCACUUCAUAGGGAAUAGGGUGCCAUUUGGGAUGUCGUCAUGGAGUCGGAGUUGAUGUUGAGAAAUGGGUUCGCUCUGAUGCCAUAUGGAAAGAUAAUUGCAUUUAUUCUUAGUGUGAAAGUAUCUUUAGACUGCUCCAAUUAAGUAGCUAAUGAAGGGUCACUUAUCUUUAAGGCUCUUAUAUUUAUGCAUCUUCUUUUAAUAAAAUUAUACAUAAACUUUCAAUCAUAAUUUAUUGGAAGAUUUUAAUCACACAGGCAAUGAUAUCAAAAGUAUAAUACCUUGCAAGUACUAUACUAGACUGGACUAGAGUCAAUGGCAUAUAUCAAGGGUUAACACACACAGUACCAUCCUUUUCUCGCUUGUGGAUCCGCCCCAAAAACGGCAUUGUAGAAAAAAAAGGUAAACAUGAAAUAUAUCAAGUCUUGACACAUGUUCAGUUUGUAAAAACUUCAUAUUUACCCUGUACAUUACAAUUAAGACACAAUCAUGUAACAUUUACCCCUCAGUCUAAACAACCCUCUCUCUCUCUGUGUCCCCUCAGUCCCUGUUCCAUGCCAAUUCCCUCCAGAAGACCCACCAGAGUGCCCUGCAGGUACAACAGAAGGCUGAAGUCAUGCUCCAGGCGGGCCACUUUGACCCGGACGGCAUACGGGCCUGCGCCGAGAAGGUGGCCAUGCACUGGCAGCAGCUCAUGCUCAAGAUGGAGGAUCGACUCAAGCUGGUCAAUGCUUCUGUGGCCUUCUACAAGACCUCCGAGCAGGUGUGUGUCGACCCCAACCCCACACAGCACUCCCUGAAUUGUUUUUAGUUUUAGCUGAAUCACUCAAAAACUGCCUCAAGCAUUUCCCAUCCAAUAAGACAAAUGGUAGUGGUGGCCUGGAGGGCCUACUUGAGAGGCAUUCUCUCUUUAAUCACGUCAUCCUGUCUCUAGCUAUAUCCUCAAUAAACAAGGAAAAAUAUGAAUUCCCACUCUUUUAAUAAAAUAAAAAAACAGAGCAUGGUGUGGUUUUUUGUUUGGUUAAACGCAAAGACAGAAAAGGCUGCAUAACGGUACUAUGUCCGGUUCCAGGAUGGCACCUCGGAAUUGUGUGCGACCUAGUGUGAGGACUAACUGAGACACCUGUGCCCUCCUCAGGUAUGUAGUGUGCUGGAGAGUCUGGAGCAAGAGUACAGGAGAGAUGAGGACUGGUGUGGUGGCCAUGACAAGCUGGGAGCCAUGGCUGAGACGGACCAUGUCAUCCCCCUCAUCAGCAAACACCUGGAGCAGAAGGAAGCCUUCCUCAAGGUACAGCAGAGAAACAUGGUUGUGUCUCAAAUGGUGCCCAAUUCCCUGUGCCUCCUUUGUCUGUGCCGGUACAUCAUGAUCGUCUGCAAAGAAAAUAAUAAACGAACACAGACAAUUAGUAUACGGUACGAAUAAAUAAGUAGCUAGCUAGCAAUCCCAUUUAGCUACAAUAUUAACAAACAAACAGAUGAACGUAGCUACAUUUUUUACAUUUACAUUUUAGUCAUUUAGCAGACGCUCUUAUCCAGAGCGACUUACAGGAGCAAUUAGGGUUAAGUGCCUUGCUCAAGGGCACAUCGACAGAUUUUUCACCUAGUCGGCUCGGGGAUUAGAACCAGCGACCUUUCGGUUACUGGCACAACGCUCUUAACCACUAAGCUACCUGCCGCCCCGCCCCGCUAAUCAAAUGGCUACCCGGAAUAUUUGUAUUGUCCCCCCACCCCCUCUUUUUACGCCGAUGCUACUCUGUUUAUUAUCUAUGCAUAGGCACUAACUCCACCCACAUGUACAUAUUACCUUGACUAACCUGUGCCCCCGCACAUUGACUCUGUACUGGUACCCCCUGUUAGCUAACUGUCACCGCCACCUACUGUGUGGGCUGUGUCCGCCUACUGUUCUAGAGUGUGAAUUCAUUACACUUUGUGACACAAAAAGGGGAGGGAAAAGGGAAGAAAUAUUGCCCUACCAACUAACCCUACACCCAUUAAAGCCUCAUCGCUAUUCCACUACUUGGUCCUAUCUGAUCCUACACCAGGCCGGCAGCCUGGGAGGACGGGACAUUAUCGUUCAUCACCUUGUAACUCUUCUGCAGUAAAACCUUGUACAACCAAGUACUUAUCUGCAGCUGCCACCACAACAUCUAUACUGAACAAAAAUAUAAACGCAACAAGCAACAAUUUCAACGAUUUUUCUGAGUUACAGUUCAUAUAAGGAAAUCAGUCAAUUGAAAUAAAUUCAUUAGGCCCUAAUCUAUGGAUUUCACAUGACUGGGCAGGAGCGCAGCCAUGGGUGAGGAGCCAGGCCUAGCCAAUCAGAAUGAGUUUUCCCCACAAAAGGGCUUUAUUACAGACAGUUUCAUCAGCUGUCCGGGUGGCUGGACGAUCCCGCAGGUGAAAAAGCCGGAUGUGGAGGUCCUGGGCUGACGUCGUUACACGUGGUCUGCGGUUGUGAGGCCGGUUGGACGUACUGCCAAAUUCUCUAAAACGACGUUGGAGGCAGUUUAUGGUAGAGAAAUUAACAUUAAAUGAUCUGUCAACAGCUCUGGUGGACAUUCCUUCAGUCAGCAUGCCAAUUGCGCACUCCCUCUGUCAAGGCGUCAGUGUAAUGUGGUAGGCGAAGUCAGGCGCAGGACACAGAGCUAAUCAGAAGGCGUACUUUACUCGAAGGUAAAAGAAAGAACAACAACCUCCACGCAGGGAGGGAACAAACCUGCACACUAACGACAGCCGAAACAUGAACAAACACACACAACACACAGUGUGAGACAGAGGGUUAAAUAGGGGAGACAUGCAGUGGGGAGAACAAGUAUUUGAUACACUGCCGAUUUUGCAGGUUUUCCUACUUACAAAGCAUGUAGAGGUCUGUAAUUUUUAUCAUGGGUACACUUCAACUGUGAGAGACGGAAUCUAAAACAAAAAUCCAGAAAAUCACAUUGUAUGAUUUUUAAGUAAUUAAUUUGCAUUUUAUUGCAUGACAUAAGUAUUUGAUACAUAAGAAAAGCAGAACAUAAUAUUUGGUACAGAAACCUUUGUUUGCAAUUACAGAGAUCAUACGUUUCCUGUAGGUCUUGACCAGGUUUGCACACACUGCAGCAGGGAUUUUGGCCCACUCCUCCAUACAGACCUUCUCCAGAUCCUUCAGGUUUCGGGGCUGUCGCUGGGCAAUACGGACUUUCAGCUCCCUCCAAAGAUUUUCUAUUGGGUUCAGGUCUGGAGACUGGCUAGGCCACUCCAGGACCUUGAGAUGCUUCUUACGGAGCCACUCCUUAGUUGCACUGGCUGUGUGUUUCGGGUCGUUGUCAUGCUGGAAGACCCAGCCACGACCCAUCUUCAAUGCUCUUACUGAGGGAAGGAGGUUGUUGGCCAAGAUCUCGCGAUACAUGGCCCCAUCCAUCCUCCCCUCAAUACGGUGCAGUCGUCCUGUCCCCUUUGCAGAAAAGCAUCCCCAAAGAAUGAUGUUUCCACCUCCAUGCUUCAUGGUUGGGAUGGUGUUCUUGGGGUUGUACUCAUCCUUCUUCUUCCUCCAAACACGGCGAGUGGAGUUUAGACCAAAAAGCUAAAUUUUUGUCUCAUCAGACCACAUGACCUUCUCCCAUUCCUCCUCUGGAUCAUCCAGAUGGUCAUCCGCAAACUUCAGACGGGCCCUCAGUAAGAGCAUUGAAGAUGGGUCGUGGCUGGGUCUUCCAGCAUGACAACGACCCGAAACACAAAGCCAGUGCAACUAAGGAGUGGCUCCGUAAGAAGCAUCUCAAGGUCCUGGAGUGGCCUAGCCAGUCUCCAGACCUGAACCCAAUAGAAAAUCUUUGGAGGGAGCUGAAAGUCCGUAUUGCCCAGCGACAGCCCCGAAACCUGAAGGAUCUGGAGAAGGUCUGUAUGGAGGAGUGGGCCAAAAUCCCUGCUGCAGUGUGUGCAAACCUGGUCAAGACCUACAGGAAACGUAUGAUCUCUGUAAUUGCAAACAAAGGUUUCUGUACCAAAUAUUAAGUUCUGCUUUUCUUAUGUAUCAAAUACUUAUGUCAUGCAAUAAAAUGCAAAUUAAUUACUUAAAAAUCAUACAAUGUGAUUUUCUGGAUUUUUGUUUUAGAUUCCGUCUCUCACAGUUGAAGUGUACCUAUGAUAAAAAUUACAGACCUCUACAUGCUUUGUAAGUAGGGAAACCUGCAAAAUCGGCAGUGUAUCAAAUACUUGUUCUCCCCACUGUAACUACAUAAUGGGAAACAGGUGUGACCAAUAAAGACAAAAGAAGUCGAACAUAGAUACAUGGAUUGAAGCAGCUAGUACUCCGGUGACGACGAACGCCGAAGCCUGCCCGAGCAAGGAGGAGGGGCAGCCUCGGCUGAAUCCGUAACAGUACCCCCCCCCCUUGACGCGCGGCUCCAGCCAUGCGCCGACCCCGGCCUCGAGGACGGCCAGGAGGACGCGGAGCAGGACUGGUCGGAUGACUCUGGUGGAAAUCCCUCAACAUGGAGGGAUCGAGUUUGUCCCUCCUAGGGACCCAGCACCGUUCCUCCGGACCGUACCCCUCCCACUCCAUGAGAUACUGCAAGCCCCCCACCCAACGUCUCGAAUCCAAGAUGGAACGGACUGAGUACGCCGGAGCCCCCUCGAUGUCCAGUGGGGGCGGAGGAACCUCCCGUACCUCAGACUCCUGGAGUGGACCAGCUACUACCGGCCUGAGGAGAGACACAUGGAACGAGGGGUUAAUACGGUAAUUAAUAGGAAGUUGUAACCUAUAACAAACCUCGUUCAAUCUCCUCAGGACUUUAAAUGGCCCCAGAAACCGCCGACCCAGCUUCAGGCAGGGCAGGCAAAGGGCCAGGUUUCGGGUCGAGAGCCAGACCCGGUCCCCCGGUGCAUACACCGGGGCCUCACUGCGGUGGCGAUCGGCGCUCUCCUUUUGUCGCCUGAUUGCCCGCUGCAGGUGUACAUGAGCAGUGUUCCAGGUCUCUUCCGAGCGCCGAAACCACUCAUCCACCGCAGGAGCCUCGAUCUGGCUCUGAUGCCAAGGUGCCAGGACCGGCUGAUAACCUAACACACACUGGAAAGGCGUAAGGUUAGUAGAGGAGUGGCGGAGUGAGUUUUGGGCAAUCUCUGCCCAGGGGAUAUAACCUGACCACUCCCCCUGCUGGUCCUGGCAAUAGGACCUCAGAAACCUACCCACAUCCUGGUUAACUCUCUCCACCUGCCCAUUACUCUCGGGGUGAAAACCUGAGAUAAGGCUAAUCGAGACCCCCAGACGUUCCAUGAACGCCCUCCAGACCCUUGAGGUGAACUGGGGACCCCGAUCCGAUACAAUAUCCUCAGGUACCCCGUAGUGCCGGAAGACGUGUGUAAACAGGGCUUCAGCAGUUUGUAGGGCUGUAGGAAGACCUGGCAUAGGAAUGAGAUGGCAGGCCUUCGAAAACCGAUCCACAAUGACCAGGAUCGUGGUGUUCCCUUGUGAGGGGGGAAGGUCCGUCACAAAAUCCACCGAUAGGUGGGACCACGGCCGUUGUGGAACGGGUAGGGGUUGUAAUUUCCCCCUGGGCAGGUGUCUAGGUGCCUUACGCUGGGCGCACACCGAGCAGGAGGAAACAUAAACUCUCACGUCCUUGGCUAAAGUGGGCCACCAGUACUUCCCACUAAGACAGUGCACUGUCCGACCGAUGCCAGGAUGACCAGAGGAGGGUGACGUGUAAGCCCAAUAGAUCAAUCGAUCACAAACCUCGAGUGGCACGUACAUCCGACCCUCUGGACACUGGGGGGGAGUGGGCUCGGUACGUAACGCCCGCUCGAUGUCCGCAUCAACCUCCCACACCACCGGUGCCACCAGACACGACGCCAGGAGUAUGGGAGUGGGCUCAAUGGACCUCUCCUCUGUGUCAUAUAGUCGGGACAGGGCGUCUGCCUAAGCGUUCUGGGAACCUGGUCUGUAAUUGAGAGUAAACACAAAACGAGUGAAGAACAUGGCCCACCUUGCCUGACGUGGGUUCAACCUCCUCGCCGCCCGGAUGUACUCCAGGUUACGAUGGUCAGUCAAAAUGAGAAAAGGGUGUUUAGCCCCCUCAAGCCAAUGCCUCCACACUUUCAGAGCUUGAACCACAGCUAACAGCUCCCGGUCCCCCACAUCAUAAUUGCGCUCCGCCGGACUGAGCUUCUUAGAAAAUAAAGCACAGGGGCGGAGUUUUGGUGGCGUACCCGAGCGCUGAGACAGUACAGCUCCAAUCCCAGCCUCGGGCGCAUCCACCUCAACCUGGAAUGCCACGGAAGGAUCCGGAUGAGCCAGCACCGGAGCCGAAGUAAACAGGUCCUUCAGAUGCCUAAAAGCCCUGUCCGCCUCAGCUGACCACUGCAGACGCACCGGUCCUCCCUUUAGCAAGGAGGUAAUGGGGCCGCUACCUGCCCAAAGCCCCGGAUAAACCUCCAGUAGUAAUUGGCAAAACCCAUGAAUUGCUGCACCUCCUUCACCGUGGUUGGAGUCUGCCAAUUACGCACGGCCGAAAUGCGGUCAAUCUCCAUCUCCACACCUGACGCGAACAGGCGGUGUCCAUGAAGGAGAUGGACUCUUGGAAGAACAGACAUUUCUCCGCCUUCACAUAAAGGUCAUGCUCCAACAGUCUACCAAGCACCUGACGCACCAGGGACACAUGCUCGGCCCGUGUAGCGGAGUAUAUGAGAAUGUCAUCAAUAUACACCACUACACCCUGUCCAUGCAGGUCCCAGAAUAUCUCAUCAACAAAAGAUUGGAAGACUGAAGGAGCAUUCAUCAAACCGUAUGGCAUGACGAGGUACUCAUAGUGCCCCGAGGCGGUACUAAAUGCAGUUUUCCACUCAUCUCCCUCCCGGAUAUGCACCAGGUUGUACGUGCUCCUGAGAUCCAAUUUAGUGAAGAAGCGUGCCCCGUGGAAUGACUCCGUCAUACUCGCAAUCAGAGGUAAUGGAUAGCUGUAUUUUAUUGUGAUCUGAUUUAGACCACGGUAGUCAAUGCACGGGCAUAAGCCACCAUCCUUCUUCUUCACAAAAAAGAAACUCGAUGACACAGGGGAAGUGGACGGCCGAAUGUAUCCCUGUCUCAGAGAUUCGAUGACGUAUGUUUCCAUAGCCGCCGUCUCCUCCUGUGACAGAGGAUACACGUGACUCCGGGGAAGCGCAGCGCCUACCUGGAGGUUUAUCGCACAAUCCCCCUGUCGAUGGUGUGGUAAUUGAGUCGCCUUCUUUUUACAGAAGGCGAGAGCAAAAUCGGCAUAUUCAGGCGGAAUUUGCAUGGUGGGAACCUGGUUUGGACUUUCCACCGUAGUUGCCCCUACGGAAACACCUACACACCUCCCCAAGCACUGACUUGACCAUCCCUUGAGAGCCCUCUGUUGCCAUGAAAUAGUGGGGUCAUGAGAAGUUAACCAGGGAAGCCCCAACACCACGGGAAACGCAGGAGAAUCAAUCAGAUAUAGACUAAUUAUUUCCUCAUGCCCCUCCUGCUUCUUCAUCCAGAGUGGCGCUGUGACCUCCCUAAUCAGACCUGACCAUAAAGGGCGACUAUCUAGGGCAUGGAUAGGGAAGGGCACAUCGACUGGCACAAUAGGAAUCCCUAACGUACGGGUAAACUGACGAUCAAUAAAGUUCCCAGCUGCGCCUGAAUCUACUAGCGCCUUAUGCUGGGAAUGAGAAGAAAACUCGGGAAACACAACAUUAAUACACAUAUGCGCAACAGGGAGCUCUGGGUGAGUUGGGUGCCUACUCACCUGAGACGGUUCAUCAGUGCGCUGCCUACUGCCUCGACUCCUUGAAGGCCCUCCCCAACACCGACCAGCAGUGUGUCCUCUGCGGCCACAGUUGGUGCAGGGGACGGCCCCUCUACCAGUCUCCCUCAUAGCAGCACCUCCGAGCUCCAUAGGGGUAGGGUCGGAGGUGCUGGGGGAUGGAAUGGACGGCCCCUGAUCAGGACGUCCGCGGGUAGCCAACAGGUUAUCCAGUCGAAUAGACAUAUCCACCAGUUGGUCCAGGUUUAGGUUGGUGUCCCUGCAGGCCAAUUCCCAACGAACGUCCUCCCUCAAGCUGCAACGGUAGUGGUCGAUGAGGGCCCUCUCAUUCCAUCCUGCGCUGGCAGCCAGAGUCCGAAAGUCCAGUGCAAAUUCCUGCGCGCUCCUCUUCCCCUGUCUGAGGUGUAAUAGACGCUCACCCGCCGCUCUCCCCUCUGGUGGAUGAGCGAAUACCGCCCUAAAGCGGCGGGUAAACUCUGCAUAGCUUACAGUUGUGGCGUCUAUUCCCCCCCACUCGGCGUUGGCCCACUCCAGCGCUUUACCGGACAGACAGGAGAUGAGGGCGGACACGCGGCAGCUGUACUGUCAUAAGCCCUCGGGAGCGAGAGCCGAAUCCCACUGGACCCAGAAGGUGAAGCGAUGGACAUCGGGGUAGGUGGUGGUGUAAUCGGAGGAGGUAUAGGGAUGCCUCCUCUCUCCCAUCGCUCCAUAGUGUUCACAACUCGUUCCAUGGCGGUGCCGAGAGCCUGGUUCAUGGCCGCUUGUUGUUGGACGCGUUUCUCCAUCGAUCCGGCUGGCAUCGCUGUACCUGCUGACUCCAUGUAGAUGGUGUGUGUUUCUGUCAAGGCGUCAGUGUAAUGCGGUAGGCGAAGUCAGGCGCAGGACACAGAGCUAAUCAGAAGGCGUACUUUACUCGAAGGUAAAAGAAAGAACAACAACCUCCACGCAGGGAGGGAACAAACCUGCACACUAACGACAGCCGAAACAUGAACAAACACACACAACACACAGUGUGAGGCAGAGGGUUAAAUAGGGGAGACAUAACUACAUAAUGGGAAACAAGUGUGACCAAUAAAGACAAAACAAGUCGAACAUAGAUACAUAGAUCGGUAGCGGCUAGUACUCUGGUGACGACGAACGCCGAAGCCUGCCCGAGCAAGGAGGAGGGGCAGCCUCGGCUGAAUCCGUGACACCCUCAAAACUUGAGACAUCUCUGGCAUUGUGUUGUUGUGUGACAAAACUGCACAUUUUAGAGUGAUCUUUUAUUGUCCACAGCACAAGGUGCACCUGUGUAAUUAUCAUGCUGUUUAAUCAGCUUCUUGAUAUGCCACAUCUGUCAGGUGGAUGGAUUAUCUUAGCAAAGGAGAAAUGCUCACUAACAGGGAUGUAAACAAAUUUGUGCACAAAAGUUGAGAGAAAUAAGCAUUUUUUUGCAUAUGGACAAUUUCUGGGAUCUUUUAUUUUAGCUAAUGAAACAUGGGACCGACACUUCACAUUGCAUUUAUAUUUUUGUUCAGUAAAUGUACUGUGAUUUACGUUCCAUUUUUGCAGUACAGUUGAUAACCAUGGCUAAGAAGCCAACCUUACUGAAGCACACGUUAUUCCUGUCACUCUCUAUUGCCCUCUGCCUACUCACAGGGAGCCUCUUAGGAUCCCUCACCCUGUACCAAUCUUCCUCUACUACUCUCUUCAAUGCCUCAACAUACCUUCUGUACUACUCUGACCCUGGCAAUCUCAACCUACCUUUCUCUCACUGGACACUUCUGAUCUCCAGCAACAUGGGUAACCCCUACAGUUAACACACACCCCAGUUAUCACUCCUUUCAAUAGCACCCUGCUCCAGAGAAAAACAAGUCACAGGUCUUGUCCUGAGGCGCGUGGUGCAGAGCACCCGCUCCCUCUGGACAGAAGACACACAAAAAAGUAAUCACGAGUCCACUUCGAGUUACUUUCACCAAUUCAACAGUCCCCAACCCCUUCUCCACCCAACCUGACAUCACAUAUGGAUCAGCCAGAAGGCAAGGAUCCAUUCUCUCCAAAAAUGUCACUCCCAUUGCGCCAGAAUCAUCUUUGUCAUCAUCAGGGCGAGACUCGAACUCUGUGGUCUUCACCGCACCUGCCACCGAAGGUAAUUCAUCCUCACUCUCGUCAUGUUCAAUUUCUGAGCUACCAGAGUAUGUUUUUUUCUUUUUGUACUUGACAACAAUCUUCCUCACCACACCGCUUCCCUCUACACUCAGCUCCUUUCCUUCUUCCUAGCUGUCCAUUUCCACAUCUCCACGCUCUUUCCACUCUUUCAUCCGCUGUGGUAGAAAACUGUUCAAAUAGUUCUUGAAUUUUCCGCCAUGUGGCAUUGACUCAAAAAGCUGUACCAGCUGCCAUUACUCCUCCGGCUGGUUCCUCUCAACCAUAAUGUUGCCUUAUAUUUUCGUCACCCUUUUGAAGCGUUUCUGACGUCGUCGAUAGUUGUCUCCUCCCUGGGGGAGGGUGAAGUUGCCCCUGGAUGCUGAUCUUAGGUAAGUUCUGCAUUUCCUCCACUAAUGGUUAAGGGUAGGAUUGGGGGAGGGGAAUCUGAUCCUAGAUAUGUACCUAGGGAAAUGCAGGAAGGAGCAUGAAGUUUCCCAUAGGGACAGAUCAGCUUCCCCAUAUGGGAGAAAUGCAAAGCUGACCCAAGAUCAGCUAGGGGCAACUUCACCCUACUCCCCCUAGCUCCUAAGAAUCACCCAGGGUGAUGGAAACACAUUUCCCAAAACAGCCACAAGUGCUGCAUGGAAAUAAAUGCACUAUAGGGAAUGGGGUGCCAUUUGGGACGUAACCCAUGUUCUGUUGAUAAUUAAUUUGCUGCAUUUUCACAGACGCUGAACUGAUGCUGUUUUGUCUGUCUGAUUAUCUUCAGUAGAACUCAAGUGUAUUCUGCAACACGUAGCUGUUUGGUUUCAUAUUGAUUUUCCCAUUACAGAGCUGGAAUACAUUUCCACCUCUUGCAGGACAUGUUGUGGAUGCCAGUUUACUUGUUGUCAAACAAAAACAAAUAACCAUGUUGACAGUGAUGUAUCUAUGUUGUCUUAAGAUAUACACAUGCAAUAUCCUAACCUCUCAAUGUAUUUUGGAUGGUAGUUGUGCAUACAUUUUCCAUUGCAAUGAUCUUGUUUGACAAUGUCUGUUCUUGUGCCACAGGCUUGCACAUUGGCCAGGAGAAAUGCUGAGGUGUUCCUGAAGUACAUCCACAGGAAUAAUGUUGGUAUACCUGGUGCUUCAGGCCACGCCAGAGGACCCGAGCAACAGGUUAAAGGUCAGUCACAACAGCCCUAUUGGACUAGCAUGGUGUUUGUCCCAAAUAGCACCCAUAUUCCCUAUAUAGUAGCUAAGAGUAAUAAUAAUAUUUAAUUUGUAGAGCGCAUUUCCCACACUCAAUGCAUGCCUACUUUGGACCAGGGCUGGUCAAAAGUUGUGCACUAUAUAGGGAAUAAUAGGGACAACUGAGCACGAGUCCUUAUACCUUGCUGUUACUAAGUCUUUCCAUGCUCCUCUUCCUUAGGAAAUGUACAUAUUUGUUUUCACUUUCAGUUUAACUUACUUCUAAUGUUUCUUAUGUUUCUAUAUGGAUUAGUGAGGGCUGUGUUUGAAACUCUGGAGUAUUCACCACUGUGCUGAGUAUUCACCAUUGUUAGAUAUUACUGCACUGUUGGAGCUAGGAACACAAGCAUUUCACUACACCCGCAAUAACAUCUGCUAAAUAUGUGUAUGAGACCAAUACAAUUUGAUUUGAAGAUAUGCUAACUUCUUUCUGUGCUCCCUGGCCUCCUUCUCCUCUCUAGCCAUCCUCAACGAGCUACUCCAGAGGGAGAACCGGGUUCUGCACUUUUGGACCAUGAAGAAACGCUGCCUGGAUCAGUGCCAGCAGUACGUGGUGUUCGAACGCAGCGCCAAACAGGUGAGCUCUCCUGAACGCAGCCCAAGCACUCCGAGUGCUGUGUUUAUACUGCAUGUCCAUAACAUCUGGCCUACUGGACUGGACCCAGCCAGGGAUACGUGGGGGUUUUGUUUGCUUUCGAUGGCCAGCACAGCCACCGAUGAAAGAUAGGGGACAUGCAGAGAGGAAUACGGAAUGAGGGAGCUCUUCACUUCACUAAUUUCCCACACUGUAUCUCUCCACAGGCCUUAGACUGGAUCCAGGAAACAGGAGAGUAUUACCUCUCCACUCACACCUCCCCUGGAGAGAGCGGCGAGAGGAGUCAGGAACUACUGAAGGAAUAUGAGGAAUUUCGAGUCUCCGCUAAGGUAUGGAGCUGGAGCUGGGAAGCAGAUCCAGGCUGCAUCCCAAAUGGCACCCUAUUCCCUAUGUAGGCCACUUUUUUUGACCAGUGCACUGCAGAGGGAAUAGGGUGCCAUUUGGGACGCAGCCCUAGAGCUACUGUUCGGAGUCUGCUCUGACUCCAUCACUUACUGCUGACCCUAUACCUGCAUAUCACAUUAGCUAAACAUUUCCACUGCAGCCUGCCUCGUGUCUACCUGUUUACAGCCAGAUGAGAUCAUUGGCUAUCAGUGGUUAAGGCAGCAAACAAGUGUUAAGAGAUCUCUCCUGAGGGAUGUAUGCACUCUCUCAAGCAUCAGCCUAGACAUUGACAGGGAGUGUGGAUGCUACAGAUGAUUGAAACGCACACACACGUAAUAACACACACACACAAAUGCAAACUCACCUCUGCACACACACAGUCAUACACAUCUCUCUGUGGGCUUCCUACAGCAAACCAAGGAGAAGGUGAAGCUCCUCAUUCAGCUGGCCGACAGCUUCGUGGAGAAGGGCCAUGUGCACGUCACUGAGCUGAAGAAGUGGGUCACCACGGUGGACAAGCGCUACCGAGACUUUUCCCUCCGGAUGGGGAAGUACCGCUCCAGCCUGGAGAAAUCACUGGGCAUCAGCUCCGAGGUAAGGCCCCCUGGAGGGACCCUGUAAGGCCCCUAUAGGGUUUAGGGAUAACCCCACCUGUUGUGAAAGCUCAUUCUUCAACACAACCCCAAUCCCUGGCCACUAAUUAGGCUUAGUCUUUCUAAUGCUAAUGAGUGUGUUUUCGAAGGACGUAUGAAAUGAAACAAAUUUUGUCCAACAUAUGAUAUUUAUAAUUUGUGCUCCAUUGAAUGUAAAGUCCUUCAUCUGCUGCUGUUGUUAUAACUCCCUUAGUGGGCAUCCCCCCUGUAGCAAGGUCCUGCAAAUACACUGAAGUGUGAAUGUCUCACAAAGGAACAGCUUCCAGCGAGCUAAAUACAAUAUAUUUACAAUAGAUACUAUCUCUACCGCCUUGGGGCGAGCAAAACUGGGGGCAAGACCUAAGACAUCUCAGUUUGAAGCCCUGUCCUCAUCUCGACACGCAGGCAUUGAUUUAUCCUCUACUUCAAAGAGAGCCUGUUCAAAAAGUCUAUUUGAUGUCAGAGUGCUGAGUGCUGAGUGCUGAGUCAUCAUGGACCAUGUUGAAGGGAAUAUUACAUGAGUCUGAUGUUACGUCCCAAAUGGCACCCUAUUCCCUAUGUAGUGCACUACUUUUGACCAGGGUCCAUAGGGCUCUGGUCAAAAGUAGUGCACUACAUAGGGAAUAGGGUGCCAUUUGGGACGUGUGCUGAGAGCUCCCUCUGUCUCUGGUAGGAUAAUAAGGACUUGGAGCUGGACAUCAUCCCAGCCAGCCUGACUGAUCCUGGGGAGGUGAAGCUCCGCGACCCCAACCACGAGGUCAACGAGGAGAAGAGGAAAUCAGCCAGGAAGAAAGAGUGAGUACACACUGCAGACAGAGAGAAAUAGGGAAGAAUCGCUGGAGGAAGCAAGUGUUGCAAAGUAGUCAAGUCUAUGGUAGUACUAUGGCUUUUAAUGCGGUGUAUAUGUUUAACAUUCCAUGAUGUGCUGGGGGCUGGUCUAGUGGUAGUGCUGCCGUCUGCCCAUGCCAGAACAUAUGCCCUUCGAAAAAGUGGUUUGAUCCCCGUUCCGCCACUCACUUUCUCUGCUGUAUCCCUCUUUUAUAUAUAUAAAACUUGAAAACACAAAAACACAAUCCAAGGUGCAGUUCAUGUGAUAUGACUAGAUAUUGUCAUUGGUAGUCUUGGAAUGCGGCUUUGGGACGAGACUAUGGGUUUGUUCCAAAUGGCACCAUAUGGGCCCUGGUCAAAAGUAGUGCACUAUAUAUGUCAUUGCUGGUUGGUGAUAUAUUGCAUGUGUUUAUUUAUCCAGGUUCAUAAUGGCUGAACUCCUUCAGACUGAGAAGGCCUAUGUCAGGGACUUGCAUGAAUGUUUAGAGGUAAGCUUAUUCCUCUUCCAUUUUCGCUUGGCAAUGAAACUCUUAUUUUCAGGGUUGUUUUGGCCUUGGUAUGUACUCAUAGAGGCAGUUCUUGGGUGUUUUCAUGAUAUAGUAAGUCAGAUUUUUUCACCUACACAGUCAUUGGUCGUCACAGACACAAGUACUCAAUUACAUUAACAUGUUAGCUAUCCAGAGCAACUUACAGUCAGUGCAUUCAACUAAUUUUAGUAGGAAAAAAUACAUUACAGUUAUAACCCUUAAAAAGGUUGCCAGGAAGAAAAAACAAGUCCAAGAUUUUUUGUGAGGAUUGGUUGUAGGACAUGAUAGGAUGUCAUUUCCUGUGUGUCUUUCUCGUCUCCUCCUCCUGUCUAGACGUACCUGUGGGAGAUGACGAGUGGGGUGGAGGAGAUCCCGCCUGGCAUCGUCAACAAGGAGCACAUCAUCUUCGGCAACAUCCAGGAGAUUUAUGAUUUCCAUAACAGGUAGGGGUCUCUUUCAAAUUGAGGCUGCAUCCCAAAUGGCACCCUAUGCCCUAUAUAGUGCACUACUUUUGACCAGGGCAGGGCUGUCAUCUGGGACACAUCUUUAAUUUGAAAGAGAUUCCAACUUGUUAUAUCAGCUGGUUUUGUUGUUGUGUUUCAGGUGCACGUUAUUGCAUGAGAGACCAAUUCAAAUAACUUCUAUUGCAUGUGAUUUUGGUUGAGGAAAUAUUUAUUCUAUGAUAAGCAGUGAAUAUUAUCAUGGUUAACCCUCUCUUUACUGUCUAACUGCAGCAUUUUCCUCAAAGAGCUAGUGAACUAUGAACAGCUACCUGAAGAUGUGGGCCAUUGUUUUGUCACAUGGGUAAGACUCCUGUUUUCACUCAAUGGGUCAUGUUCAUUAGAGCACACAAAGGAAAACGUUGUGAAACGUUUUGCAAUGGAAACCAAAAAUUAGUAUUUCUUAUUGGUCACGUCCAGGUAGUCCCUCCCUGUUUCAGUCCGUUUUGUUCCGUUUGGUGCCUAGUGAAUACGACCAUGGUGUUAGUCUUUUGCUUACACCGCCCAUAGGGCACUUCUGACUUGUGGCUUCAUGAUUGAUAAUUACAUGUGAAUGUUGUUUACUUUCUUGCAAUUAGGUUAUACAACAUCUGUAAUCAAUCAAUCAAAUGUAUUUUAUAAAGCCCUUUUUUCCAUAAACCAUAGGCAGGCAUACAGUAGCAUGAUAACCUCUUGUAAAGCUGCUUGGAUUAAGCAUUGGCAGUGAACAUUGCAUACCGUAGUAUAUUUGUCCAUAUAUACCACUACGUAGUAAGUAUGUAGUGGUAUAUAUGGACAAAUAUAUGCAUGUAAGAAAAUAGAUGUUCAGUCAUUUGAAUUUGACUGGAUUUUCCCAUUCUGUUUUGCAGGCUGAUAAAUUCCACAUGUACGUCAAUUACUGUAAAAACAAACCGGAUUCCAGCCAACUCAUCUUGGAGCAUGCUGGAAGCUUCUUCGACGUAAGUGAAUUAGUUUUCCUCUUAUACCUGUAGGUGGUGCCAAUGAGCCAUUUAUUUCAAGUCUAAAAGACAGGAAUCAUAUUUUUUAUGCUUACUACCAUUAGUCUCUUUGCAUUACAGUGCACAGUCAUCCUCAGAGUCUUAUGGGUUCUGUUCCAAAUGGCACCCUAUUCCCUUUACAGUGUACUACAUAUGAACAAUGGCUAUAGAGUUCCAGUCAAAAGUAGUACACUACAUAGGGAAUAGGAUGCCAUUUGGGACAAACACAUGAUUAUAGGCUUGAACACAUUAGGGUAUCUCAAUGUCAACAUCAAUAUGCUUUAAUCGUCAUGAUGUCGUCAAUUCUGUGUGCAGGAAAUCCAGAAGCGACACGGAUUGGCCAACUCAAUCUCCUCCUACCUUAUCAAGCCAGUGCAGAGGAUCACUAAGUACCAGCUUCUCCUCAAGGUAGGGAACAUGAUGGGACAGAAGGUUUGUGUCCCAAAUGCCACCCAAUUCCCUAUAUAGUGCACUACUUUUGACUAGAGCCCUAUGGGCCCUGGUCAAAAGUAGUGCGCUACAGUCAUGACCGAAAAUAUUGGCAUCAUUGAUAAAGAUUAACCCACAUUUUUUUGGGGGGAAAGGAAAUUAUAUUAUUUUAUACUAAUACAAUAGCUUUUUUCUCAAAAAGAUAGCGAUACAAUUUAUUGGCACCCCUGUUUUCAAUACUCUCCACUUGCGAGGAUAACGACACAGCCUUUUUCUAAAAUGUGUUAUGAGAUUGGAGAACACAUUGGGAGGGAUCUUAGACCAUUCCUCCAUACAGAAUUAUUCUAGAUCCUUGAUAUCCUUCAUCUGCACUUAUGGACUGCACUCUUCAAUUCAAACCACAUGUUUUCAAUGGGGUUCAAGUCUGGAGACUGAGAUGGCCAUUGUAAAAUGUUGAUAACUGGGUAAAGUCCAUGACCUUAACAAAGUCCCCAGAGCCAGUGGAAGCAGAAUACUCCCAUAACAUCAAAGAUCCACCACAAUAUUUUAUAGUAGGGAUGAGGUUCUUUGCAUCCUUUCGACACUAGUGCUGAGCGAUUAGUGCUUUUUGAGGUUGGUUCCGUUUCAGUUGGAUUAUUAAAAAAUUAUCAACAUUUUCGAUUAUUCUUUUAAACAUUAAAUGCACUAUGCAUUAUGUGGGUUGAAUGCUGUAACAAUACAGAAUAACAUUUUAUAAAAGUUCCAUAAUGGUAGUGACUGCCCAUUACUGCUUAUCACUUAUUAACCAUCAUUUAUUCACAUUACUUUAUUUUAAUAAAAUAUUUCAGUCGUUGUGCAUAUUUCAUUUGUUUUAUUUGAUGACUUUAUUAUACGCUGUCUGCCACUAUUUUAGUAGUUCUUCAAAGUACUGAAUACUAACUAUCAAUCGCUAACAGUGCCUUCAGAAAGUAUUCACACCCCUUGACUUUUCCCCAUUUUGUUCCACAAUUGAGAUUUUUUGUCACUGGCCUACACACAAUACGACGUGGAAUUAUGUUUUUCGAACUUUUUUACAAAUUAAUUAAAACUGAAAAGCUGAAAUGUCUUGAGUCAAUAAGUAUUCAACCCCUUUGUUAUGGGAAGCCUAAAUAAUACGUUGCUUGGACUCACUGUGUGCAAUAAUAGUGUUUUGAGCAUGUUGAAGUUACAGUGAGGGAAAAAAGUAUUUGAUCCCCUGCUGAUUUUGUACGUUUGCCCACUGACAAAGAAAUGAUCAGUCUAUAAUUUUAAAGGUAGGUUUAUUUGAACAGUGAGAGACAGAAUAACAACAAAAAAAUCCAGAAAAAACGCAUGUCAAAAAUGUUAUAAAUUCAUUUGCAUUUUAAUUAGGGAAAUAAGUAUUUGACCCCCUCUCAAUCAGAAAGAUUUCUGGCUCCCAGGUGUCUUUUAUACAGGUAACGAGCUGAGAUUAGGAGCACACUCUUAAAGGGAGUGCUCCUAAUCUCAGCUUGUUACCUGUAUAAAAGACACCUGUCCACAGAAGCAAUCAAUCAAUCAGAUUCCAAACUCUCCACCAUGGCCAAGACCAAAGAGUUCUCCAAGGAUGUCAGGGACAAGAUUGUAGACCUACACAAGGCUGGAAUGGGCUCCAAGACCAUCGCCAAGCAGCUUGGUGAGAAGGUGACAACAGUUGGUGUGAUUAUUUGCAAAUGGAAGAAACACAAAAUAACUGUCAAUCUCCCUCGGCCUGGGGCUCCAUGCAAGAUCUCACCUCGUGGAGUUGCAUUGAUCAUGAGAACGGUGAGGAAUCAGCCCAGAACUACACGGGAGGAUCUUCUCAAUGAUCUCAAGGCAGCUGGGACCAUAGUCACCAAGAAAACAAUUGGUAACACACUACGACGUGAAGGACUGAAAUCCUGCAGCGCCCGCAAGGUCCUCCUGCUCAAGAAAGCACAUAUACAGGGCCGUCUGAAGUUUGCCAAUGAACAUCUGAAUGAUUCAGAUGAGACCAAAAUCGAGCUCUUUGGCAUCAACUCAACUCGCCGUGUUUGGAGGAGGAGGAAUGCUGCCUAUGACCCCAAGAACACCAUCCCCUCCGUCAAACAUGGAGGUGGAAACAUUAUGCUUUGGGGUGUUUUUCUCCUAAGGGGACAGGACAACUUCACCGCAUCAAAGGGACGAUGGACGGGGCCAUGUACCGUCAAAUCUUGGGUGAGAACCUCCUUCCCUCAGCCAGGGCAUUGAAAAUGGGUCGUGGAUGGGCAUUCCAGCAUGGCAAUGACCCAAAACACACGGCCAAGGCAACAAAGGAGUGGCUCAAGAAGAAGCACAUUAAGGUCCUGGAGUGGCCUAGCCAGUCUCCAGACAAUAAUCCCAUAGAAAAUCUGUGGAGGGAGCUGAAGGCUCGAGUUGUCAAACGUCAGCUUCGAAACCUUAAUGACUUGGAGAAGAUCUGCAAAGAGGAGUGGAACAAAAUCCCUCCUGAGAUGUGUGCAAACCUGGUGGCCAACUACAAGAAACGUCUGACCUCUGUGAUUGCCAACAAGGGUUUUGCCACCAAGUAUUAAGUCAUGUUUUGCAGAGGGGUCAAAUACUUAUUUCCCUGAUUAAAAUGCAAAUCAAUUUAUUUUUAUUUAACAUUUUUGACAUGCGUUUUUCUGGAUUUUUUUGUUGUUAUUCUGUCUCUCACUGUUUAAAUAAACCUACCAUUAAAAUGAUAGACUGAUCAUGUCUUUGUCAGUGGGCAAACAUACAAAAUCAGCAGGGGAUCAAAUACUUUUUUCCCUCACUGUAUGAAUUACACUUUGGAUGGUGUAUCAAUACAGCCAGUCACUACAAAGAUACAGGCGUCCUUCCUAACUCAGUUGCCAAAGAGAAAGGAAACCACUCAGUGAUUUCACCAUGAGGCCCAAAAAAACAGUUAUAGAAUUUGAUGGCUGUGAUAGGAGAAAACUGAGGGAUGGAUCAACAACAUUGUAGUUACUCCACAAUACUAACCUAAUUGACAGAAUGAAAAGAAGGAAGCCUGUACAGAAGAAAAAUAUUCCAAAACAUGCAUCCUGUUUGCAAUAACGCACUAAAGUAAAACUGCAAAAAAUGUGGCAAAGAAAUUUACUUUAUGUCCUGAAUACAAAGCAUUAAGUUUGGGGAAAAUCCAACACAUCACUGAGUACCACUCUUGAUAUUUUCAAGCAUGGUGUUGGCUGCAUCAUGUUAUGCAUAUUGCUUACGAAGAUGACAUUGAAUGUUCCUGAGUGGCCUUACAGUUUUGACUUAAAUUGGCUUAGAAAUCUAUGGCAAGAAUUGAAAAUGGCUGUCUAGCAAUGAUCAACAACCAACUGGACACAGCUUGAAGAAUUGUAAAAAGAAUAAUGAGCAAAUAUUGUACAAUCCAGGUGUGCAAAGCUCUUAGAGACGUACCUGCCAAAGGUGAUUCUACCAUUUAUUGACUCAGGGGGUUGAAUACUUAUCUAAUCAAGAUAUACAGUUGAAGUCUGAAGUUUACAUACACCUUAGCCAAAUACAUUUAAACUCAGUCUUUCACAAUUCCUGACAUUUAAUCCUAGUAAAAAUUCCCUGUCUUAGGUCAGUUAGGAUCACCACUUUAUUUUAAGAAUGUGAAAUGUCAGAAUAAUAAUAGAGAGAAUGAUUUAUUUCAGCUUUUAUUUAUUUCAUCACAUUCCCAGUGUGAAGGACUGAAAUCCUGCAGCGCCCGCAAGGUCCCCCUGCUCAAGAAAGCACAUAUACAGGGCCGUCUGAAGUUUGCCAAUGAACAUCUGAAUGAUUCAGAGGAGAACUGGGUGAAAGUGUUGUGGUCAGAUGAGACCAAAAUGGAGCUCUUUGGCAUCAACUCAACUCGCCGUGUUUGGAGGAGGAGGAAUGCUGCCUAUGACCCCAAGAACACCAUCCCCACCAUGAAACAUGGAGGUGGAAACAUUAAGCUUUGGGGGUGUUUUUCUGCUAAGGGGACAGGACAACUUCACCGCAACAAAGGGACGAUGGACAGGGCCAUGUACCGUCAAAUCUUGGGUGAGAACCUCCUUCCCUCAGCCAGGGCAUUGAAAAUGGGUCGUGGAUGGGUAUUCCAGCAUGACAAUGACCCAAAACACACGGCCAAGGCAACAAAGGAGUGGCUCAAGAAGAAGCACAUUAAGGUCCUGGAGUGGCCUAGCCAGUCUCCAUACCUUAAUCCCAUAGAAAAUCUGUAGAGGGAGCUGAAGGUUCGAGUUGCCAAACGUCAGCCUCGAAACCUUAAUGACUUGGAGAAGAUCUGCGAAGAGGAGUGGAGAAAAUCCCUCCUGAGAUGUGUGCAAACCUGGUGGCCAACUACAAGAAACGUCUGACCUCUGUGAUUGCCAACAAGGGUUUUGCCACCAAGUACUAUGUCAUGUUUUGCAGAGGGGUCAAAUACUUAUUUCCCUCAUUAAAAUGCAAAUCAAUUUAUAACAUUUUUGACAUGCGUUUUUCUGGAUUUUUUUGUUGUUAUUCUGUCUCUCACUGUUCAAAUAAACCUACCAUUAAAAUUAUAGACUGAUCAUGUCUUUGUCAGUGGGCAAACGUACAAAAUCAGCAGGGGAUCAAAUACUUUUUUCCCUCACUGUAUCCGCACAUACAGUUGAAGUCGGAAGUUUACAUACACCUUAGCCAAAUACAUUUAAACUCAGUCUUUCACAAUUCCUGACAUUUAAUCCUAGUAAAAAUUCCCUGUCUUAGGUCAGUUAGGAUCACCACUUUAUUUUAAGAAUGUGAAAUGUCAGAAUAAUAAUAGAGAGAAUUAUUUAUUUCAGCUUUUAUUUAUUUCAUCACAUUCCCAGUGGGUCAGAAGUUUACAUACACUCAAUUAGUAUUUGGUAGCAUUGCCUUUAAAUUGUUUAACUUGGGUCAAACGUUUUGGGUAGCCUUCCACAAGCUUCCCACAAUAAGUUGGGUGAAUUUUGUCCCAUUCCUCCUGACAGAGCUGGUGUAACUGAGUCAGGUUUGUAGGCCUCCUUGCAUGCACACACUUUUUCAGUUCUGCCCUCAAAUGUUCUAUAGGAUUGAGGUCAGGGCUUUGUGAUGGCCACUCCAAUACCUUGACUUUGAUGUCCUUAAGCCAUUUUGCCACAACUUUGGAAGUAUGCUUGGGGUCAUUGUCCAUUUGGAAGACCCAUUUGCGACCAAGCUUUAACUUCCUGACUGAUGUCUUGAGAUGUUGCUUCAAUAUAUCCACAUAAUUUUCCUUCCUCAUGAUGACAUGUAUUUUGUGAAGUGCACCAGUCCCUCCUGCAGCAAAGCACCCCCACAGCAUGAUGCUGCCACCCCCGUGCUUCACGGUUGGGAUGGUGUUCUUCGGCUUGCAAGCAACCCCCUUUUUCCUCCAAACAUAACGAUGGUCAUUAUGGCCAAACAGUUAUAUUUUGGUUUCAUCAGACCAGAGGACAUUUCUCCAAAAAGUACGAUCUUUGUCCCCAUGUGCAGUUGCAAACCGUAGUGUGGCUUUUUUAUGGCGGUUUUGGAGAACUGGCUUCUUCCUUGCUGAGCGACCUUUCAGGUUAUGUCGAUAUAGGACUUGUUUUACUGUGGAUAUAGAUACUUUUGUACCUGUUUCCUCCAGCAUCUUCACAAGGUCCUUUGCUGUUGUUCUGGAAUUGAUUUGCACUUUUCGUACCAAAGUACAUUAAUGUCUAGGAGACAGAACGCGUCUCCUUCCUGAGCGGUAUGACGGCUGCGUGGUCCCAUGGUGUUUAUACUUGCAUACUAUUGUUUGUACAGAUGAACGUGGUACCUUCAGGCUUUUGGAAAUUGCUCCCAAGGAUGAACCAGACUUGUGGAGGUCUACAACUUUUUUUCUGAGAUCUUUGCUGAUUUCCUUUGAUUUUUCCAUGAUGUCAAGAAAAGAGGCACUGAGUUUGAAGGUAGGCCUUGAAAUACAUCCACAGUUACACCUCCAAUUGACUCAAAUGAUGUCAAUUAGCCUAUCAGAAGCUUCUAAAGCCAUGACAUCAUUUUCUGAAAUUUUCCAAGCUGUUUAAAGGCACAGUCAACUUAGUGUAUGUAAACUUCUGAACCACUGGAAUUGUGAUACAGUGAAUUAUAAGUGAAAUAAUCUGUCUGUAAACAAUUGUUGGAAAAAUUACUUGUGUCAUGCACAAAGUAGAUCUCCUAACCGACUUGCCGAAACUAUAGUUUGUUAACAAGAAAUUUGUGGAGUGGUUGAAAAACUAGUUUGACUCCAACUUCAACUGUAUGAGUGUUUUUGUUUUUCAUUAUUUAUUUUUACAAAUGUUUAAAAAAAUUCUUCCACUUCUACAUUAGAGUAUUUUGAGUAGAUCUUUGACAAGAAAUUACAAUUAAAUCCAUUUUAAUCCCACUUUGCAACACAACAAAAAAGUGCACAGUGAUCUUGCUACUCCUUUCCAAUAAAUAUUGAGGGUCUUAUUCUGGUGAUAUGAUGAUCAAUGCUUGACUGCCGUUUGACAAAUCAAAAUAUUAUCGCUCUUAUCCAUAAUAAUCUCAUCAUGUAGACUAGCCUACCCGCACAGCCUACCACUCUGUAUCUGGGAGCUGUUGGCUAGAGCGUACGUGCCAAGACCAGAGUAGGCACAUAUGCUAUUUAACGCAACAGUUUGUGACAAAACUAUCGGUACAGUUGAAAAUGCGAUGGAAGCACAUUGAACUUUAGAUUUUUAUUCUGUACUUGAAAACUUAAAGUUGCAAUAUGUAACUUUUUGGGCGACCCGACCAAAUUCACAUAGAAAUGUGAGUGAUAGAUAUGUCAUUCUCAUUGAAAGCAAGUCUAAGAAGCAGUAGAUCUGUUCUAUGUGCGCUGUUUAGUUUUUGCGUCUUUUACUUUCGGUUUUGUACACCAGUUUCAAACAACUGAAAAUGCAAUAUUUUUGUUUAUGGAAAAUAUAUUUCACAGUGUUUUCGAUAGUACAAUGAUUCUCUUCACUAUACUUGCUUGUUUUGUCACAUAAACUGAAAUUAGGCUAACUAUUCGAAUUUUAGCAACUAGGGAAUGGUGGAGCGAUUUCUGCAUAGUGCACCUUUAAGCGAAAAAGUACAUUUUGUAUGCACUAUGUCAUCGCACACUGACUUUUAUCCGCAACAAGUCCAUUUGGUGGAAACACUUGUGGGAAAAUGCCUACUAUUUUCUUUAUGCAGAUUUUAGAACAUUCACUUGAAAAUCUGUAGCCAAUUGAAUGGAAACCUAGCUGUUGUAGUUAAUUACCACGUUUCUGCUCUAAACUAUGUAGAGUAUUGGCAUGUUGGAAACUACAACUCCCUACUACAUCACACAGUUCGGGCUUUAUCUGAUUUAUCUCUAGAGAAACUGUGCAAUGUGCGCAUUGAGCUCACAGAAGAAAAAAAACCCAGAACGAAAUGGAAUUCAAAUAAUUUAACCGAUGUUGAUCAAUUAGUUGUUUAAAAAACAAAAAAUACAAACAUUUUGGUUAAUCACUCAGCAUUAUUCGACGCCAAACCCACUACUGGUGUGUGUGACCAAAGAGCUUUAUUUUCAUGUCAUCUGACCUUAGCACCAGUUACAAUCCAAGUGCCAAUGCUAUUUAGCAAACUUCAGGUGUUUACAUUUGUUGGAUUCAAUGAAAAUAGAGCUCUUUGGCCAAGCACACCAGUAGUGGUGGGUUUGGCAUCGAAAGAAGGAUGCAAAGUACCUCAUACCUACUGUAAAAUAUGGUGGUGGAUCUUUGAUGUUAUGGGACUAUUUUGCUUCCACUGGUCCUGGGGCCGUUGUUAAGGUCAACGGCAUCAUUACAUUACCAGGACAUUUUAGCCAAAAACCUGAUUGCCUCUGCCAGAAGGCUGAAACUUGGCCACAAGUGGAUCUUCCAGCAUGACAGUAACCCCAUCAAAAUCCACAAAGAAAUUGUUAAUUGACCCAUUGAAAACCUGAGGAGGAAUGGUCUAAGAUCCCUCACAAUCUCAUAAAACAGAUUUGAAAAAGGCACAGUGCCAUUAUCCUCACAGGGUAGGGUCCUACAGUAUUGAAAACAUGGGUGUCAAUACUGUCAUUUCGACCCCUAUCUUUUUGAGAGAAAAAUAUAUUACUUGUUAAACAGAAUAUUUUUCUCUGAGCAAUUGUAUUAUUUAUUUGAUACAGUCUCUUUUGCACAUCUUUAUCAAGGUUGCCAAUAUAGUGCACAUAUACUAGAAUAGGGUGCCAUUUGGGACAAGGAGGAAGGAGGAAACCUGGGAGCUAUUAUUAUCCAUCCCACUUCCCCCAGGAAAUAUUGAACAUCAAAGCAUUCUGGAGCACUUCUCUCCCUCCCUCCCUCUCUCCCUCUAUCCCUCCCUCCCACCUACAUACCCACCCACUCUCCCUCCCUCCUCUCUCACUCUCUUUCACUCUCUCUCUAUUCGCUCUCUCUCCCUCCAUCCCUCUCUCCCCUCCCUCCCCCUCUCCCUCCCUCCCUGCCCCCCUCCCUUCCUCUCAUCUGUAUGUUUACGUGAGUUUUCUUAUAGGGUCAAGCUCAUUAAUGGCUUCCCAUGAGACGGCUGAUUCCCCUGCCUGUGUGUGGGCCCUUAGCUCUGUGUUAAAUGUCCAUAGUAGCACUUAGUGAUGUGUCCGCUUGUACAGAACCUCAUCACACAGUAUCUUAGGCUACAUCCCAAAUGGCAUCCUAUUCCCUAUCCUAUAUAGUGCACUUAUGCCAUUUAGGACGCAGACAGUAUCUUACAUACAGAGAUCCCCUUUACAGUGUCUGGCAUAAGAAAUAGCAAUGAAAUCAUUUCCAGACAUGUCUUCUCAAAAUGACUGUUCUUAGCCCUCCUAUUUUCUAAUAAAACAAUAUCCAGCUGGGGAAAUGAUUGUCCUGUGUUUAACAUGCAUGCCAGGAACUGUAGACUUAGCAACCCCAUCAAUGCACUGGAACUGAUGAAAACUGUCCAAAUGUCAUGUUUCAGGAGCUGCUGACCUGCUGUGAGGAGGGGAAGGGGGAGAUUAAGGACGGCCUGGAGGUUAUGCUUAGUGUCCCCAAGAGGGCCAACGAUGCUAUGCAUGUCGCCAUGCUGGAAGGUACAGUAGGAGGGAGGCCUGUGUGCUGUAUUCUAUUUAAAACAUCUCUAAUUAGCUAGGGUGUUCCAUCACUUCAUGUGGAAGUAAACUAACUAACCUUAUCUAUCCCUUUAAGGGACAGUUGUGAAAUGUACAGUAAAACCUACACUGCAUGGAAUAAUACUAUCUAGUAGGCAAGUAUAGAGCUGUAAGGUUGUUGUCUCUCUGUCAGGGUUGGAGGCAAUUGUAAUUGAAGUCCGCCAAUUCCAAUUGCUGACAUUUCAAAUUUAAUAAUUGCAAAAAUGUUUAUAUUUUCAACGAUUUCUCAAUAAAUUAGAAAAAAAAAAGUUAUUUAUUUCCAAAGUUCUUAAAUGUUUUACAUUUAAUUUUAAUGACUGGCCCUAACUCUGCAGUCGGUAGUGCAUUGCUGUAUUUAAAGAGCCAUGUGAUCUCCGGUAGGUUUCGAUGAGAAUCUGGACGUGCAGGGAGAGCUGUUCAUCCAGGACACGUUCCAGGUGUGGGAUCCCAAGUCUCUGAUCCGGAAGGGCCGGGACCGCCAUCUCUUCCUGUUCGAGAUCUCCCUGGUGUUCAGCAAGGAGAUCAAGGACUCGGCCGGACGCACCAAAUACGCCUUCAAGAACAAACUGCUGGUAGGACUGGCCCCUUUUUCUCCUCUCCCCUCCUCUCCUACCUGCUCUACAGUUAAAGUUCAAGUCAGAGGUCCAUUUGAAAGGAAUGAAGCUGCACUUGACUUCACUUGAGAUCUGUGGAAUGAGACAGGUCACAUAUAGUAGUGUGGAGUUCCAGCUUUUCAAGGGAAUUUUCUCAAGAUAGUGCUGGUGUUGUCAUAUAAUGUGUAAUCCAGCUGGCCAAGCUGUGAACCUAAUAAUACUAUAAAGAUGUGAUGCCUUGCAUGUGUCCUGGGGACUCCUGGUGAGUUGGAUCAGAAGGGCAGGUGCUUUUAGCCAGUGGAGAUGUUUGCUCCACAACCAAUUCCCAUUGAUCUGCAUCCCCCCUUAGCUUGCUGGAUGAGAUGUAAAGCCCCCAUCUGUCAAGCGUCAAUGUGCAGCGGUAGGACGGAGUCAGGCGCAGGACACAGAACUGAGUAAACAACGUACUUUACUCGAAAAAUAAACAAGACUAAUUUCCACGCAGGGAAAACACACCAGCUCACAUAAGUCUUGGACACAAAACAAAGAAUAAACACGCACAAAACCAUGUGGGAACCAGAGGGUUAAAUAGGGAAAUAAUAUAAUGUAAUGGGAACCAGGUUUGUACAAUCAAGACAAAACAAAUGAAAAAAGAAAUGUAGAUCGGUGGCAGCUAGAAAGCCGGUGACGACGACCGCCGAACGCCGCCCGAACAAGGAGAGGCACCAACUUCGGUAGAUGACGCAGAUGCUAAGCUACAGGACUGUUUUGCUAGCACAGACUGGAACAUGUCCCGGGAUUCUUCAGAUAGCAUUGAGGAGUACACCACAUCAGUCACUGGCUUCAUCAAUAAGUGCAUCGAUGACGUCGUCCCCACAGUGACUGUACGUACAUACCCCAACCAGAAGCCAUGGAUUACAGGCAACAUCCGCACUGAGCUAAAGGGUAGAGCUGCCGCUUUCUUGGAGCGGGACUCUAACCCGGACACUUAUAAGAAAUCCCGCUAUGCCCUCCGACGAACCAUCAAACAGGCAAAGAGUCAAUACAGGACUAAGAUUGAAUCGUACUACACCGGCUCUGACGCUCGUCGGAUGUGGCAGGGCUUGAAAACUAUUACAGACUACAAAGGGAAGCACAGCCACGAGCUGCCCAGUGACACAAAACUUCCAGACGAGCUAAACCACUUCUAUGCUCGCUUUGAGGCAAGCAACACUGAAGCAUGCAUGAGAGCACCAACUGUUCCAGAUGACUAUGUGAUCACGCUCUCCGUAGCCAAUGUGAGUAAGACUUUUAAGCAGGUCAACAUUCACAAGGCCGCAGGACCAGACAGAUUACCAGGACGUGUACUCCGAGCAUGUGCUGACCAACUGGCAAGUGUCUUCACUGACAUUUUCAACAUGUCCCUGACUGAGUCUGUAAUACCAACAUGUUUCAAGCAGACCACCAUAGUCCCCGUGCCCAAGGACACUAAGAUAACCUGCCUAAAUGACUACCGACCUGUAGCACUGAUGUCUGUAGCCAUGAAGUGCUUUGAAAGGCUGGUCAUGGCUCACGUCAACACCAUUAUCCCAGAAACCCUAGACCCACUCCAAUUUGCAUACCGCCCCAACAGAUCCACAGAUGAUGCAAUCUCUAUUGCACUCCACACUGCCCUUUCCCACCUGGACAAGAGGAACACCUACGUGAGAAUGCUAUUCAUUGACUACAGCUCAGCAUUCAACACCAUAGUGCCCUCAAAGCUCAUCACUAAGCUAAGGAUCCUGGGACUAAACACCUCCCUCUGCAACUGGAUGCUGGACUUCCUGACGGGCCGCCCCCAGGUGGUAAGGGUAGGUAACAACACAUCUGCCACACUGAUCCUCAACACAGGGGCCCCUCAGGGGUGCGUGCUCAGUCCCCUCCUGUACUCCCUGUUCACCCAUGACUGCAUGGCCAGGCACGACUCCAACACCAUCAUUAAGUUUGCCGACGACACAACAGUGGUAGGCCUGAUCACCGACAACGAUGAGACAGCCUAUAGGGAGGAGGUCAGAGACCUGGCAGUGUGGUGCCAGGAUAACAACCUCUCCCUCAACGUGACCAAGACAAAGGAGAUGAUUGUGGACUACAGGAAAAAAAAGAGGACUGAGCACACCCCCAUUCUCUUCGACGGGGCUGUAGUGGAACAGGUUGAGAGCACUACAGGCGGAAGUCGUGACACCAUCGUGUGCGCGUGUGUGUCCGUGCGUGCGUGCGUUGGACGGGUGCGCAGAGUAUUUGUGCAAUUGUGAGCUAUGAUUCGUACAAUGCUCAUAUUUAGAUAUUCUUGCCUUCUUAUUUCAAUACAGUCACUCUCAACUGAGUGUCUGCUAAAUGACUAAAAUGUAGCAGAACUGGACUACGGUACACGUGUGUGUGGGUAGGUGUUAAUUGCCAACUUGUAUAAUAGGCUACAGUAUUUCAGGGUAUUUUAGAGGAAGCUGUGGAGGGAGAACACAAAGGGCCAGGUGCUGAAUACAUGAAACCCAGAGCAGAUGGAGUGGUCUCAGUCCUGAAUGAAAGUAUGAAUUAUGAAUGCAUAUGUGCAUGUCCAAUAGCAGCUGUUCCAGGUUGCUUCCCACAUGGCACCCUAUUGCCUUUAUGGUGAGAGCUCUAUGGGCCCUGGUCAUAAUUAGUGCACUAUAUAGGGAAUAGGGUGCCAUUUGGGAUGCACAACCAGCCAGGACACAAGGACUACAGUCCACAGGGACAAAGUAGAAAGUUGGAUGGGAUUUACUACGACUGUAUCUUAAUGUACCUCUUAAAUGCCAUCUCCUUAUCAUAAAGGGAACAUUGCUAUUGUGGGGUUUUAAUUGAUAUUCAAUGGUAUACUGAAAACAUGAUUUGGGAUGUUCCAAGUCAUAAAAGGCUGGUAAAAACAGUGUUCAAGACUUCACAUCUUGUUGUCCUCCAUCUCCAGACAUCAGAACUGGGCGUGACAGAGCACAUUGAAGGGGACCCCUGUAAGUUUGCCCUGUGGGCUGGAAGGACCCCCUCAUCUGACAACAAGACUGUCCUCAAGGUAGGUCCACAAAGGCAUCUACUGAUCUCUAAAGAUAGUUUUGGGCAGUUUUCCCCUUUAGAUCAUAAUGAAUAUGAUUACACAGACAGGUGGGACCUGAUCCUAGAUCAGCACUCCUACUCUGAGACGCUUUGUGAAUACGGGCCAUGGUCUCUUAAAGCUGCCUUCUACUGAUCUUCAAGAUUUUUCAGGACAGGGUGAAAGGUAGCUUUGGGUAAUUUAUCACAAUACAAUACUCACACUAAUUGAGGGCCAUUAAAGGCGACAUAUAAAAUAGUCUGCCUAAAGACUAGGCCUGUAAGGGCCAUGCCUUGCAGAAAGCAUAAUUUACAGAGCAACAGCUUCAGGGUUACAUUGCAGUUUUUCUCUUUUAUACGCCAACACCUUCUCAUGAACUUCAAGUGACAGAGGCCAGAGGAUACAAAAAGGUCAAUCAAUGUGAUGUGGUGUGUCCCACUCUCCUCCCCAGGCGUCCAGUAUUGAAGCAAAGCAGGAGUGGAUCAAGAACAUCCGGGAGGUGAUCCAGGAGAGGAUCAUCCACCUCAAGGGGGCGCUGAAGGAGCCCAUCCACAUGCCCAAAACGCCGGCCAAGCCACGCAACAACAGCAAGAGGUGAGCAGGCCCAUCACUCAGCCAUCCAGGCACCCACAUAAGCAACACUAAUCAAAUCUCUUUUCAUCAUAUUUGAUAGAUCAGUAUGGCUUAUUCUAUUUGAUUUGGUAGGUCUUUUAAAUUAGAAUGGCUAAAGAUAAGAUACAUCCCCUUCAAAAAACAAACAUCAAGACAGACAGAGAUAAGACACAUCCUUUCUAACUCUGUGUGUGUGUGUGUGUCUCCAGGGAUGCCGGUGAGGAUGCAGACAGCCAGGGUGACGGCAGCAGCCAGCCAGACACCAUCUCCAUCGCCUCCAGGACCUCCCAGAACACUGUGGACAGUGAUAAG